GUGUGAUUGGCUGUGUGAGCUGCGGGGGGCGCUGUGGAGCCGGCUGUCAGGCGGUGUGAGAGGGGUGUGAGGUAACUCGGCCCAGUACUGUGUGCUAAUCACCGCCCUCGGGCCGGGUCCGGCCCCCAGUGCUGGAAGGGGAGGGGGAGCUGUUCAUGCGCAGAGGGGAGGGGGUCCCAUACAAUCCCAGUGGAGGGGGAGGAGCGGACAUAUUACCGAGGAGAGGGCCAGGGAGGCUGCACUGCACUCUGAUACCCAGGGCGGGCUCUCAGCUCUCACCGUGACGGUAGGUGGCCCUGGCUGCAUGGCCCCGGGUACUGCCUGGCAGGGGGAAUGGCAGGGGGCGCUCACAUUACCGGGCUGGCACUGAGGGGGAAACAUGGUCCCUGGGUGCAGGCUGGGGGGGAGAAAGGGGACUGGUCCCUGGGUGCAGGCUGGGGGGACUGGUCCCUGGGUGCAGGCUGGGGGAAAGGGGACCGGUCCCUGCAGGCUGGGGAAAGGGACUGGGUCCCUGGGUGCAGGCUGGAGAAAGGGACUGGUCCCUGGGUGCAGGCUGGGGGGAAGGGGACUGGUCCCUGGGUGCAGGCUGGGGAAGGGGACUGGUCCCUGGGUGCAGGCUGGGGGGGGGGAAGGGGACUGGUCCCUGGGUGCAGGCUGGGGGGAAAAGGGGACUGGUCCCCUUUCCCCCCCAGCCUGCACCCAGGGACCAGUCCCCUUUCCCCCAGCCUGCACCCACGGACCAGUCCCCUUUCCCGUGGCGGGUGCGCGGGGGGGCUGCACAGUGGUUGUGGCUGGUGCGCGCGGGGGAAGAGGGGGGCUUAGUGGUGAGGAAGGGGCUACUGUCUGUCCUGGCGGUACAUGUUGAGGUUUGUAACAUGAAUUGCCUAUUGCUGAUUUUUACUUACUGGUGUGGGAUGAUACUGAUGGGUGUUUAAAAAUGCAUCAUUGGGAAUGAGUUGGUGAGAUGCCCAUUGAUGUACACUCUUCUAGUUAUGGGGGCUUACUGAUAUUGGGGUACACUUGAGGUGCUGACUGGUGUGGUACAGGGGUUAAGACUAGCAUAGCAAAGCAUUAAUGUUAACUGACAGUAUGUUGAUAUGUGAUGAUUGUUGUCUUUUGGAGUGAAAGUUGAGGGUUGGAACAGUCUACCAUGUAGAGUCAUGUCAAUUACAUAAUUACAGGGUGUUUCACACUUGUAUUGACUAUUUUGUUAUUCAUUCUACACCAUAGUGUAAUUGGAGAUGUAUAUUGGUGUUAAAUUCUAUAUAAUUGUUGGCCCUGCACGGUGUGUUUAAGAUGUUGGUUUUAUUGACUGUAUCUGAUAGUAAUGCAGAGGAAGCAAAAUUUGCAGGGUGUGGAGAAAAAUAAAAAUGGGGUGGUACAGGAUGUACAAUGGGCUGUAAACGGUGGAAUGGGGGUUUCAGUGACAUUUGUUUAACCAUGGAUGGGUUUUACUAUGCUUAUAAUCUGUGAGGCUGUUUUUUUUUUUUUAUAAUUUUUUUUUACAAAAGAGACACAUCCUUAGCUCUUGGUUAUAAACAUGUUGGUUACACAUCGGAUGGUAAUCAGGCCCAUCUGAGGAAUAGUGUGCAGCCUCAUAAUAGACUCGUAGGGAAAUAUUCACUGCAGAGGAAUGACAGGAUGCUGGGUGACACAUUUUUCGUACAAGCCAGUGACACUUGUGAUGGUCAACUUUUGGUACACCGUCUGUUGCCAACUACUGUCCCUAUGAUGCUCAGAUGGCUGCAGGACAGUCUUUUACGGUUUCAUAUUUUGCUAAUGAUGUGACUAUAUUCUGCAAGCGGAUAAAGUCAAUGCAAUAAUUGAUGGAUUGGGUGACCUGUUAUUGGAUUUAAAUGUGUGUAUGUGUUGUAUAAACAUGUGCCCUGCAUAUUGUUAACUGGCAUUCAAUGACUAUAUGUGCAAAUAAAUUCAGUAAUGAAUAAUCAUCCAAUACUUGUGGUAGCUAGGCCUGGGAUGUUAUUAUUGUGCUAGCGGAGGUGUGGUGUAAGUACCCUUAUGCUUUGGUUGUGGAGAAAUACAGCGUACCUUAUGAUGUAGCUGCUGGUUUUGGGUGUGUAUAAUUCCUCAUCUUUGUUUUUCAGUCUUUUAUUUAUUUUUUCUUGAAACUAGAAGAAAAAAAUGUUUCAUAAAUCUGAAAGCAAGAUUAGUAUCAAUAGUUUACAUGUUAUUUAAAUGUACCCACUACCCAGGAUCCAUGAUCUCUACAACAUUAGUUUUUACACUUUGUAGUCAUAUGUAAUUAUGCUUGGAACGAGAGAGGAUUUUGAUUUAAAUAAGAUGUGCUCUACGUUGGGUGCUAAAGUGUGUGUGUGUGUGUGUGUGGGAGGUCUGUGUGUGUGGGAGGUCUGUGUGUGGGUUGGUGUUUGAUGUGUUGUAAAGUAGCUGCUGCAUAAUUUGCAUGUUUGGAAUCAUAUGUGAAGGAAUGCGAUGGUUCUUUCAUUAGGGUGUUCAGUUUACAAAAUGGGUAUUACAUUUGUAAAAAAUUUUGGUUGUUUUUGUAUUUAAAAAUAUUUGAUUCUGACCUGUGUGCAGCCAAGCAGAGUAUGUAUUGCUGCUCUCAGGACUGUUAUAUGCCUCAGAAAAUGGCAGUUGUCACAUUCGGCAUAUUGAAGAAUAUAAAAUGGAAAAGGAGAAUCUGAGUCUAAGCACAUGCGUAAAUCUAUAUAGUGGAGCAAGGUAGGAUCAAUUUUAAACAGUUUGAUCUCUGAUAUUUUUAUCAGCACACAGUAGUCAUUUAGACUAGAGCAAUCAGGCAGUUGAUCAGCUAGUGCAGUUUGUCCUGCAGAUCUUCUAAAGGGGGACCUAUUUGUCUCUUGUGUUGUUUUUUGGGGGGAGGGAGAAUUGUUUAGUUUACACACACACUAACAUGGAAGGAAACAAACAAUGGCUAAAAGUCAUUUAAAGAGGAAGGUGGGGGGGGGGGUCAAGAAUAAUCUAAAAUCAUGAUCAAAAUUAAAACGUGUUAUUCAGAGAUUUAAAUAGUCAUGUUUAAAGUUUAAACAACACAGUUUAUCAUUUUCUUAGUAUAUGGGGAUUCCUUUCUUUAGCCACACUUCACUUAAAGUUUUAAAAGUUCCAUAGCUGUGAGAAGCAUUGUACUAGUACAUGUCUCCUGUCCUCUUAUAGUAAAUAAGCACUCAAGUGCCAUAGCCACUACAUCCUGCUUUAGUGUCCCAGCACCCUCUUAGUGUUUUUGUCAAACUGUUUUCUCGUGCUAUGCCUGGCUGAUGCUGUAAAAACUAAUUGCAAAGCCCUGCUUCGGUCAGUGGAGCUAACUAAAUUCUUCUACAAGGAAAAUCCAGAAGCAGGCUGUGCGGCCACAAUGAGACUGACGAGGGCCAGGUAAAUUGUCAAACCAUUCCAAAAUGGUCUGACAAAUUACAGUGUUAUGGAAUAAACUCUACAGCAGGCUGUAUGGUGUUUGAAUUGUUCCAUUUAUUAUAUUUAAGCUGUGCCUUUUGUUUUUUUUGUUUUUUUUUUGCCAUCAAUUGCUUUUUUUAAUUCAGGCAUUAGCUCUCACAUCAAGUUAAAUAGUAUUACAAAGUCUAUGCAAUAAAGAGCAUGUCAGACACCUUGGCAACAAGAAUCAUACAUCAUUUUUUGUUUGUGUGACAUGAAAAAGCAACAUGCUUAUAGCGACUUAUCAAAAGAGAUAUAGCAUGGUAUGCAUAAGUAGAGGGAAAACAACAGAAAAGUAAUCAAAACAAAUGCAUUGAAAUCCUUAUAUAAUCAGGUAGUGGAAAUGUGACUGCAGUGAGAUGUCCUAUACAGACAGGAGGGGAUGAAGGCAGAGGAGCUAUGUUUUCUUAUGUAUUCUGUGAUUAAAGAUUUAAAAGAAAAUGUCACUUGCAGGAUUUUAUAUUUUUAUAACCCCCCACCUUUCUGUAGCAUAACCAAAACAUUUUCACUUGUUUACCAAUAUUUUUUCUUGAUUUACUGGCCAUGUAGCUAGUGUUAAAUUGCAGGUCCGCAAACAAAAAAAAUCCAAAAAUUAUUUAAUUGCAAUGAGAUCAAUCUCAAAACGAAUUACCUUUUAUGUCACGUGGAGAUCAACUGCAACUUCUUGUUCUCGGACAAAGACAGGUAUUUUACAGAAUACGUGCUAAAUGUCCCAAAAUAUUGCCUCCUUUUCCGCCAACUUGAUGAUGUGAAAUUUAGAUUAAUGCAUUAUCAAUAUCAAUUCUAGCCAAACUGAUAGUGAUAAGCUUUGCAUGGUGGGGACAGGUUAGCUCAGUGCUCUCAUUUUACCACUAUUGUACAGGUUGGACAUAAUAUUUUAUUAAUCCAUCACCCCACCCGCUGUCUCCAAGCAUAUUGACAAAAUGAGUGGGAGACAGCACUUGUAGCUUCUUGGCAGCUUGACCACUAUACACUGAGCUGGAGCAGUUUUGGUUAUCUUGCUUGGAGUGCUCAUUUGACAUGGAAUUUAAUACAUUCCUCUGUGACCCUGUCUUAAUAAAAGCUGUACAUUCACAAGAAUUGUUUCAGCUGUGAAUUGCAUUGUCUGAAAAAAGCUCAUGACUAUCAUACUAUUAUGCAGGAACAAGUGCACCAAACUCUGCUGAAGUCGUUCCAUCAUGGUGAUAAUGCCUCCACUUAAAAACACCAAAAUAAAAACCUAUUUUGGGACACUCAGACAAAACUCUCAUUUCUUGACCUUAUUCUUCACACACUUAGUGGAUUUGCUUCUUGAAUUGUGCAGUUUCACACUAUACUGUUAAGGGCAUAACUGCUGGAAUUCUAAAUGAUAAAAAUUGACCAUAAUCCUUUUCAGUUCCUUGGAUCGUGUGUACAGCAUAGAUGUUUAUUUUGUCCAAAAAUAUAAAGCUACAUUAUUCACUUGGAGAGGAAGGAAACUGUUUAGGAAUCCAGUUUAUGUUGUAUAACUUAAUACAAGGUUUUACAAUCUGUUUUUGAUACUAGAACACUGAUUAUUUAACUUUUUGACAAGUACCCAACCAUGUACAUGGCAUUAGAUCGUAGACCUGUUCUAUAGUUUUUCUUCAAUUUUAAAAAUUACCUCCAUAACUUCCAGUUGAAGCAGAGUACGGUGUGAGAGCACUGGGGGACCAAGAAAAGUUGUCAAACUGGCCUAAAACAGUUAGCUUAUUUCCUCUGGGAGAGUCCCAAGGUACUCCUGGCGUCCUAAACACAAGUAGUGGUUUUGGUACUUGGAAAAUGGAAUUCUGGCAUUCUCAUGUGGACUGGUUCUUACUGACUGGAUUGUUUACAUUGGUGGUGUGUGUGUGUGUGUGUGUGUGUUUUUUGUUUUUUUUUAUCUUCAUAUAUGACUCUGUAGCUUUUUUUCCAAGUAACUGCUAGAAAGUUUACAUUGUCGGAAAUGCUUGUCUUGGAUACUGUUGGCAUAGAAUGCAGUUCUAUGAAAUAUUUCUAUCAUUCACAUGUCUGUGGUAUAAUGCGCUCUUGACAUGACAAUUCAGAAACACUGACUAGGAAGGAAAUAACUUUUAAAGCAAAUGUGUUCAUUUCAGUCGAGGAUGCAAAAAAAAAAGGAAAAAAAUCUUCUUUCCCUUUUGACUGUUACUCCAUAAUCUGUAUGUAUUUCCUCUUUGUCUGAAAAAUUGUCAUUUGCUUUUCACUUAUGUAUGAUCCUAUACCUAGACAUCCUAUCCAUUAAAGAUAAAGAAGAGGAAGCUGUAACGAUAUAACUAUUUACAAUCUGCCAUGCACUGUCUCACUACUAUGAUGACACUUCCUCAUCUACAGAGUUAAAACAAUUCACAUCACCAUUAGCAUACCAGUGCAUAUAGUAAUUUUGCAUAUUAAUCAUUGUAUGGAGUAUGCAUUUGGACAUGAUUCAUUGGUUGGAGCUCAGUGGAUGUAGUGUUAACAGUUAAGCAGCUGCUGGCUGCUCACCUUUUAGGAUAUAGACUCCCUCCCAUGGGACCUUGGACAGAAGUAAUGGGUGGAUAACCUAAUCGUGAUCUCCUUGUGCUUUUAUUUUUUAAAUACUUUUGUGGUGGCUUUCUAGGGACACUAUAGUCACCAGAACAACUACAUAUUAUUGUAUUUGUUCUGGUGAGUAUAAUCAGUACCUUCAGGCUUUUUGCAGUAAACCAUGUUUUUUUUCAGAGAACAAGCAGUGUUUUUACAUUUCAGCCUAGGGAUGCUUCCACUGCCCACUCCUCAGAUGGCUACUAGAGGAGCUUGCUGGGGCAAUGCUGCACAGUGAGGCACUUCCAUUCAGUGUCUCCACCCUCUGCAUGGAGACACUGAACUUUCCUCUUAGAGUUGCAUUGAUUCAAUACAUUUCUAUGAGGAGAUGCUGAUGAGCCAGGGCUGUGUUUGGCUUUUGCUGGCUCUGCAGCGAUCUGUUUCCUUGACAGAAUCCAGUGCUUUCCUAUUGGCCAAUCCAGUGCUUUCCUAUUUGAAAGAGAAGAGAGAAUCACUUAUCAUGAUGUCAGCCAAGCAGGCAGAUCAGAGGCAGCAGACUGAAAUAAAAGUAAGAUUUCGCAAUAUUAUUUGUUAGUCUCUAGUCAUUAGGUUUUAGUAUUUUAGCAUAAGGUUUCUUCAAUAGGCUCUUUUGAGAUUCUUUUUUUCUUUAAGCAUUUAUACUACUAAGGAAAUAAUCAUAUAUAUUGUCAGAAUCAUGAUAAAGACAUGCCAGGUAUUUUUUAGAGACCUUUGGUCAGUUGUGUUAAAAGUGGAGUAUUCUGUAUCUUACUUGAUUAUACAUAUCAUUAUUGACAUUAACUGCCCUUUAUUAUGUGCAAAAGUUGGGAUGUGUGUGUGUGUGUAAAUAAACAGUCAUAACAUAUCUUUUUCCCUGUGUGCUAGUCAUUGAAUGUAAUCAGCAUGUCAGACAAAAACAUGGACUUUGUUUCAUUGCUCCUGCAGUGAGUAAUUUUGAAUUCAAAACAAUUUAUUCUGGGAGAAAAAUCAGUGUUAAUUAGGUGUAAUUCACUUUACUGGAGAAUAAGAUAAGAUCUUGUCAGUGUAAAAAGCCUUGUUGUACAGAGUAAAUAGUGUGAAUGCAUUUUAUAGUUGACAUAGUCUUGACCUCUAGGAUGUGGAUAUCUUAAAUUGUGGUAUAACUGUUUUUCUCACCAAGUGUUAGGUCAUAUCACAGUCUAUAGGAAUGUACAGUAUGUCAUACUUCUAAAAAGAAUGAGUGGGCAAGGCUGAAGCUGUAAUAGAUGACAUGCAGUGACCUAAUUUACUGCUGAGCUACUUGGAUCUCACUUUGUUGCUUGUCAAGCCUUUUCUUGAUGCAUGGACUGUCAUAGCAUAAUAAACUAUUUAUAUUGUAGUAAAUAAAUGAGAAGGAACUAUUUUAAGGUAAUGCCUGGUGAAUAUUUCAUACUGCUUAUUUGGCCACCAUUUCACUGCAGCCUUUUUAGUAUAAAACAUGAGAAACAGCCUUCUUACUUUAACAUGUACCUGUCAUGGUGCAUUCAACCUAAGUUGUUAUUUCAGAACACAAUAAGUUAUUUAUACAAAAAAAUGGCUGGAUAUCUCUUAUUGUAAUGUAACAACAGACAUUUGUUCCAGAUUUUCUAGAUUUACUGCUAACUUGCGUAUAUCCGAUCAAGAUGUGGAAAAGUGUAUUUUUUUUUUUCUUCUGCUGUAUAGAGUCUUUUAAAGGGUCUCACUUUCUCUUGUCAUUGUCCAAUUGUGUCUCUCCUGCAUGCUAGCUAUAUUGAGAUCUAUAAAUCAGCCCUCGUUCUGAUUUUUCAUUAGUGUUCUCUUCUUAAAUGCUUUUUCCCCAAACUACCACAUAAAAAGGUCAGUGUGGCUCAGGAAAAGGCAGCUCUGACUAAUCUGUUAAGUAUUUGCGUUAAUAAACUGCACUUUAUACAAUUAUCCUGAUUUCAGCUGUGUAAUCACAGAGGGUCUUUUAAAGGAGAGGGAGAAGAUAAUAUUUAAACUAGGUGAACUAUUUUUCCUGCUGAACAGGCUUGGUUUACACUGAUGUUUUGAAAGGAACAGGAAGCGCAUCUGUAAAUUGUUUGCAAAUUUAAUUUGUUAAAAUAUUUUAUCAGUUUCUUUUCUGUUUUGUCUGUAAUAUCAAUUGUAAGAUAUUAAAUGCAUUCUAGUAGAACAGAUUAAUUCCAGCUGGUUGUCUGAUCUGUCAAAUGUUUUGACACAAUUGGAACCGGACAGAUUGCUUGCCAUACAUUUUACAGCUCUGCUGUUUAUGCCUCAUGGUGUCAAAGCCGAUCAUGUAACCAUUCCUGAGACCAGACUUUCUUGAUGCCUCAGUACUCUUUAAAGAAAUAUCCACAUGGAGGUUCCCCAAGACGUCCCCACAAAUGCUAAGGCAGUCGCUCGCAGGCAGCAUGGCGGACCUCCAUUAUAAUUUAUAUGACUAGUUAUUAGGAUGAUCACCCUGUGAUCAGUAUCAGCAAUCCCUUGCCCUAGCUGGCAGUUAAGGCAAUGUGAUCCUUGUGACUGGCUUUCACAGUGAUCAGUGAGCCGAAUGCCUAAUGUACUAAACAGAUGUUCGGGUUGGCUAGAGUUACAAAUGGCCUCAAAGUAAGGUGCAAAUCGGUAUGGUGGUACAGGUGGUGCCACUUUAACAAACAAGUAAUCUGAGAAGCAAGCCAAAAGGCAUGUAAAAAUUAGGCGAUGUCUCCUGGUUUUUCAUAGAAGUUGACUUGACUGUUUGGUAAUGCUGUACUUAGGAUGCAACAGAAUAUAAAUCGGGACGUUGAAGUACCAUGACUCAUAAGGCCUGUGGUAUUCAUUAUGAAAUUUUUUUUUUUUUUUUUUAAUAUAAUGAGUCUUGGCAGCCAAUCUUUUGGAGAAAUUUGUGAUGGAAAAAGCCUAGUGAAAAUAGUUAAAAUGCCCCAUAUUGAAUUGUCCAAGUUGUCAUUUUUUUACAAAGGGUAUGUCAUGGCGGUGAAGUGCUGUAAGGGGUUACUGCUCAAUAGCAACAUGUGCCCAGUUAAGGAAUCUGUGAAAACUUAAAAUUUGAAAGCUGAAAUUGGCAUUUCUGUAAAACCAUGUAACUUAUCAAGCAUCUGAUCUACAUCAGGAGUAUUGCUGUACUCGAGGGUGGUAGUAGUAGAAUACAAAAUACACACAAAAUAUGUACGCAGAUUUGGAAAGUUCUGUGACAUUAUUAAAGAACACUAUAAUGUCAGGAACACACAAACAUGUAUUCCUGACCCUGUAGUGUUAGAACCACCCCAUAGGAGCAAUAAACGUAGCUUAUUUCCAGUGCCGCACAUGUCUGCUGGCGCUGGUCUCACCCCUGAUCUGCCUCCUUGCUGACAUCAGAAUUAGAUUUUUGGCCUAUCCAAAAACUCAUAAAGAUGCAUUACAUCAAUGCAUUUCUAUGAUGAAAAUUCAGUGUCUCCAUGCAGAGUGUGGAGACUCUGAACGACAGUGCUGCACAUUGGAAGCACCUCCAGAGGGCAGUGAACAUAUCCCUCUACAUAGAAAAGGCAGUGUUUACAUGAAAAUGCCUACAGGGAUUGAUUAUACUUAACAGAAAAAAUACAUUAAGCUGUAGUUGUUCUGGUGACUGUAGUGUUCCUUUAAAUGAACAGUAUCAAAAUGCUUGUUCAGAUACUUUAGGGUGGCUAGUUCCUACAAAUACUUUUGUGUAGUUGUCUUGGAUUUAUGUGACCGAAUAAACCUUCUAGUCACAGCAGGCCAUAUUUUCUAAACUCCCUCCCCCCCUCCUGCCCCCUCUUUUCUUUUAUAAAACAAUAGCUCACUCCAUGUAAUAUUUGUCAUACAAGUCCAAAAGUAAUUAAAAUCCUGGACAAGUGAGGCGUUUUGACAAUGUCAUGAUUAUAUAGUCUAUUUUGUAUACACUUGAGCAGAACCUUUUCUGUUUCUCUAGUUGUAUAUUAUAUAUAAUUCUGUUUAGCACACAAUUUGUACAUUUUCUUGCAUGUCAGCCCCGCUUACCUCCCUCCCACUCAGGAUGCCAGAAUUGGGAGGUAUCUUGUAUGAGUGUGACGUAGCUGCGUGAGCAAGAACCUCCUAAACAAUAAAGUUAAAGGAAAACAAAGGCAUCUUGUCAGAAAAUAAUUUGUAGUAUAGUUUUCUAGCAGAGGUGGCAGAGUAAUGAUAUAGUGUCCAAGAGAGCUUGGAACAGAGAUUGUGCGGUACUGAGCAAAAAUUCAAAAUCAAAACCAAACUGACUUGCAUAUUUUUUUUUUAAGCUAGCAAAUGUUCAGACUAGAUAAUGCAGUUUUGCUGUCCAAUUCUACUUCUGCAUCACUUUCACUAUUUUUUUAUUUAUUUUUUUUACAUCCUGAUUACUCACUUUAUUUAUGUUAUUCUUAGGCCCUGGGAAGGAAUGGGCUCUAUUUUGAUUUGCUAUAAAUGGCUAUAUACAGACAGCAGCUGUUACACCCAAGCAGAAAAUCUACUUGCAUCUCAAUUUAGGAUUCCAAUUCAUUUCAUUAAUAUACAUAUCUCUGUGCCAUCUGCCAGUGUCCAUAGGAUCCCUGAAUAUCACAGUGUCUAAAACCAUUUCCACAAACCGAUAUCUUGCUGUUUUGUGUGUCAACGUAAAGGUUUAUUGAAUACCUGUAUAUUUACAACAUAAUGGCCUUUAAAGAUUUUUUUUUUUUUAUGUCAUAAAUGGCCAGUAAUCAGAAAAAAAUCAACAGGAUAAUACAUGGAUAUUCUACAAACUUGGAUUUGUUGGGGAUUUACCAGUAAGUUUUAACAAUUUAGACCUCCCUAACCGUUAAAAAAAACCAGGAUGAGAACCACUGUAUUUUGUAACAACUUUAUUUGUUGUGUUUAUCACUAAUUGAUGCUAGAAGUACACCCUGCAAGAGUUUGCUUGCAAACAAAAUAUCAGAAUUAUUUUUUCAAAUUCUUUAUUUUUGUUGUGCAGAUAAUAUACAAAAUAAGCUUGCAUCGCCACGACAGCGGGGCAAACAAUGCAUUUUCAAACUUUUUUUUUUUUUGUAAAUCUGAUUUUAUUGAGGAAAGUUCAAUAAGGAAAAAAAAGGAGACAUAGAGAAUGAGGUUCGCAGGCCUCCAUGUAAAACGUUGUGGCAUAACAUAACAUGCAGAAUACAGCAGUCCAUAAUAUCCAACAAAUUAUUGCGAUAUGUAACAUUUGCGGCUUUAAGGUAAUAAGAUAAGCAUAAGACAUGACUAGUGUAUAUGCGGUAUGCAAUUCUAUGGUAUGAGGGUGUUUUCCCAAUGGUCAGAUUCGGGAUGGAACCCUAUAUGUAUCCGUUGGUUACACUCCAUGUUCUUAUCGCGACCUCCUGUGUGAUUGUAUACUCCGCAUUUAGUCAUCCAGUGUGGAUCCCGUGUUCCUAUGCCAUGGAUAGGUUAAAUGGGGGGGGAGGUAAUUGUGUUAGAAAGUAGAAAUGAAAGGGGGAGAGAGGUUUCGUAGGCCUAGAAGAGUCCUUCCUUGGGUUCCGCAUUUCCUCCUCUUAUCGGAGUGGGUGAGUAGUCAGUACGUGGUGGUCGGGAAUUAUCCAGUCGUGUUGUGGUGGUUCGUACUGAGUGUGUAAGGUAAUGUAGUCUAGACCGCUGUCGGGUUACUGUCUCCCGCUAUAAGCAUGUCAGGGGUCUGGACUAGCAUGUUGUGUUGGUCCCCUGGUCGCCCGUCGGUGUGCUGUGUCCCGUAAUUUACGUUGGGAUUCCAGGUACGCGUUAACCGUCCGUGCGGUUAUUGAGUGGGGUUAUGUAACGCUGUGCUGACGUUCGUUCAGCGCGCGUGUGUCCUGUAAAAGAUCUAUGUUAACAAGGGAGUGUGUGAUUCCAUGAGCUUUGUCUCCCACCGGGGCAAGGUGUCCCAUGGGGUGGGGGGGGAGGGUCAUGGCCAGUAAUAGGAAGUAUCUGGGAUCCACCCACCAGCCCUCCGCUCCUUAUGUGCGUGAUGAAGGCCCACUAUCUACCCGCUUGAUACGAGAACCAGGAUCGCCACGUCUCCGCGUGUCUUGUUGAACGCCCCGCUCGGGAUGCCCGCAGCGCCUCCGCCGCUUGUAUAUCCCCAACCCUUUGGAGGCAUUCUUCCGUAGUGGGAACUUCUGAUCUCUUCCAAUAGACGGGGAUCAAGGAUUUGGCCGCAUUCAGUAGAUGGCGUAAGAUCGAUCUCUUGUAUCCAGGGAUGGAUUGCGAGGUGAUAUGUAAUAGGGCCAGUUCUCGGGACCAUUCUGUGUCGUCCCCCAGGAUUGCCAUUAUCUCUGUGUGGAUGCGAUCCCAGUAGUGCGAGAUAGCCCGACAUUCCCACCACAGGUGUAACAAGGUGCCCCUUGUCUCCUGACAUCUCCAGCACGUUGGGGAUGCCUCCGGGAAAAUCUUCUGUAAUGCGACUGGGGUCCUAUACCACAUGGAGAUCAAUUUAUAGUUGACCUCCUGGUAGUAGGAACUUGAGGAACUUUUAUGUUGCCAUAGCAAUGCUGUUCCCCAUUUUGUUGGUAUGAUUUGUAUCUCCAGUUGUGCUUCCCACCGCCUUUGAAAGGUAUUAUCCGAUGAGGCUCCUACCAACAAAUGUUGGUAAAGGAGAGAUACUGCCUUUUGAAGUUUGGUACCUCGACGGCAGAGGUUUUUCAAACAUGUUAUGACAGUGGCAUGGCAUCUAUGUCUAGAAUAAAUAUCAAAUUACGUGUAGCCAUUCUGGAAGCAAAACUAGACAAAGGUACUAAAAAGAAAAAAGUAUUAAAAAGUAACUAAUGAAAAUGUUUGAUACCAAGUUAUGUCUAUUGUGAGAACUUUUAAGUGCUACUUAGCACGCUAGCUGAACAAGAAUUAUGAGGCACAUGCACAGCUUUAUAUUAAUGCAUACAAGAUAAAUGCAAUCAAUGAGUAGUUAAACUAUGCUUGGUGCUUUGACUCGCUUAUACUAUGACUAGAAUGGAAAAUAAACAGUAGCUGUACAUCUUAGCUAGAGAGGUCUCCUUGAGGUCUUCCUCCGAGUUUAUACUUCACAAAAUAAUAGGUAAGGCAAAACAUAAUAAAAAUGCGAACAGUGCACAUAGGUAGGAGCUAACUGUAUGGCAACUAGUAGUGGGCUCAGGAUGAUUAGUCCAGUUUGUUCAGUUGUGGAUGACCGGAUGCUCUGUGAAGCAGGAGUUGAGUGUGGUGUCCUCCCUUAUCUAGGUCUGCAUCAUUGAUCCUUCGCCUUUAAUGUUACGGGCAGCGGCUCAGGAUCUGUUCCCUGCAGAUCGAGCAUGUCCCUUAGGAAAUUCGUCCAGAGAGUGUGGGCUGUGCUUGGGCGGGUAACCUCCAGUGGACGGAGGCCCAAGUGUUGGUGGGUGGCAGGGUGUCUGCUUGGUUAUUGGAGCUUCCUCCGUUUCUUCACUCUCUGCCUCCGUGUCUCCUGGAUAGCUGCAUGAUGUAUCGGCUGAGGUCGCAGUCUAGCGGUAUGUUUAGUAGUAGCCUGUUGGAUCUUGGAUUUUGCUGCUUGUUCCCGCACUUUUACUGCAGGUGAUGUCGCAAUAGUGCCUCCCAAAGCCGACCGUAGUGUUUUCGUUUGUCCUGGAUUAGUGGGCAGGGAGCUUUCAGUCGAGCUUGAGCCCUCCGUGCGUGAUUGCACUUUGGCCCAGAAUCGCUCAAAGGCCUGGUUAAUUCUCUCAGCAUGGUAUGGGAGGCACUACAGGUGCAGGCGUACCUGUAGGUUUCAUUCCAGAAGCCAUCUUUGGGGCUAGGCCUCGGUUGCGAGACCCCCAGAUUAUCAGAGUCUCUUAGCUGGAUUCGGUGCUGCUCUCCCAAUGGGAGACUAAAAUAACUCCCACCGGUCCAGAGGGGGAAGGUAACAGUGCAGUCGCAUCAAAUGUUGCCGACGUUAGCAGGUCCAGGCCGGGGAUCGACUGUCUCCCUUCCAAGGAUCACUGCAGGCUUAGGCCUCGAUACACUCCAAUCCUCGAGUUGUGAGAUAAGGCUCCAGAAAGGCAUGACACAGCCCCACCGCAUGCAGGGACAGUUGCUUAGUCUCUUGGGUACCGUCUGAGAGUAUAUUUCCCCUGUUGGGGCUAGUUUUGUUAGUUUCGUGAGGUGCUCAUACUCUGCACGUCUGACUGCCAUACAGGUCAGGCUCCGACCCCUCAGAAUUAUUCUUUUAAAAUUUUCUCAAAUGCAUUCUGGCAUAUUAUGUACUGGAAUUGUUUAAACAUAAUAUAAAUGUUGAGAGAGCCUUCUUAAAUGAACGCUAUAAAGUUAGGAAUACAAAUGUAUAUUACGAACACUGUAGUGUGCUAGUCAUGGCUUUGGUGACUGGUCAUCACCAGCAAUGGUUAAAAAGGUAUUCCUUAUCCCUUUUUAUCCCACACUGUGCUGCUCGCUCAAUGGCUAGCCUGCCUCCUCAAACGAGAUCAUCAUAGGAAAGCAUUGGGAUGCUAGUGCGCAUGUGCAACAAAACGCUGUGCUGCGUAAAUCAGAUUGGUAUAGCAGAAUUUCACCUGGCUAUGUCAGUGAAAGCUACUGGAGGCACUUGAACCCUACAUUUUAAACAUCAUUCCUGCAGGGUUAAAUGUCUUCACUUGCAGCUUUAGAACGAGGGGCAAGUGGUUCAUUUUAACUGCUCAGAAAAGGCAAGCUUUCACACUCCCGCAUAUCAGUUUUAACUCUGGUUUUCUGGCAUUUAUCUUAUGCUGUGAUUUGUAUUUAAUUGUUCAGCGAGAAUUCCUAGUGAAUUUUACAUUUUAAGCCAAAGUAGCCAAGUUUGAGCAUAGCUGGUUUAGAGAAUAUUUUUCAUUUUAGCUAUUUUGAUAGACACCUGACCAUGUCUGACCAGCGGAGGAGCAAAGUGUGCUCCAUUUCCGGUGGUCAGAGAAAUUUGGGGCUUUGUUCGGAUUGGAAUUUCAUUUAGAAUAAAUGAAACUCUGAUCCUAUUUGUGUCCUGGCUGCAUCUUGCAGCCACUUAGUAGAUAACUCCCUAAUACCGUGGGAAUUAGGGAGUUAUCUACCAAAAGGCUGGAAGACCUAAAUUGGUCUUCAAGACAAAUUUUCUAAUAGUAAGUAAAGAUUACUUGGUAUUAGUAAAUUCUGCCCCUAAUCGCUAUAUCGCGAGUAGGGGUAUGUUUAGUAAACAUUAAGCAGCCUAUGGCUGCUCACUGUUUAAAAAAAUAAAUAAAAAUACUCGCCGUGCGAGUGGGGGCUAUUAAACUGAAGAGGGGACCCCAGCCUAUAACCCAUUGUCCCCCCCCAUUCCUGAGCCAACCAAUCAGUGUUCUGAGUCAAUGCUCUUCUAUGAGGAUUCCAGCGACGCUGGAGGUCCUCAUGCAUAGCGUGAGGAUGUCCAGCGUUGUUUAGAUGACCAAAAGUCGUCUAAGAACCCGGAAGUCCAUCUAGUGGCUGUCUGGUAGACAGUCACUAGAGGAGGACUUAACCCUGCAAGGUAAAUAUUGCAGUUUAUAAUAACUGCAAUAAUUACACUUGCAGAGUUAAGGGUGAUUGGAGUUGGCAUCCAAAACACUUCAAUUCGCUGAAGUGAUCUGGGUGCCUACAGUGUCCCUUUAAACACGCUGACACCCAUAAUAUAUUAAAAUGUUUUUUUUCUGUGUAUUGAUCACACCCCUGCCGUCUUACGGUUAUAUUCUGUCAUCUAGGAUUUCAAUCACUUUUGUUUCUGUCUAUGCAUCCCUAGCCACACCUUCCUUGGCUGUGUCCCACACAGCCCCCAUGAUAUGAUUUUCAAUUUCAAUCACAUCAUAGAGCAAAGUGUGUUUAUUUUAAAUUUUAUCUCCUGCUCUAUGCAAAGAAAUAGACUGCAAUAAAGGAGGUUCAAACAGUAGAUUUAUCUUUACAGGAAGUGUGUAGGGAGACUGUGCAAGUCACGGUUAGGAGUGGGGUCAUAGGGCUGCUUAAAGAAAGUUAUUCCAAUCUUAAUUGAGCAGUGAGAUUGCAGGUGCGUGAUCUAUACCCUCAAAUCAUGUCAUUAGACUAAAGUUAUUUUGAUGCUUAGUUUCCCUUUUAAUAAACUACUUGUUACAAAUGUAGUUCAUGCAAUAGGUGCAUUCAGGCGUUCUAAGGUUUAAUUGUAAGUUCUUUAAUUGGAUUAUAAUGCUGUGUAAUAUAUCAUUUUUGAUCAUUUGGAUAAUGUUUGCUAUUAUCCCAAUUUAAUAUUAAUAAUAAAAUUCCUCUAUGUCAGCUGUUUUACUUCAGAUCUUGGGCGUAAGAAAAAGGUGCUUUGUCAAAAUCAAGUUUCCUACCUAUUUUUUUUUUUGUUUGUUUGUUUUUUCUUCUUCUCUUUAGUGAUUCUAUAUUCACUACCAGCAUGUAUAGUUUAAAAGAAAAGUAAAUCUUCUUUAUCUUUCGAGCCUGUACAUAUUUGCUUGUUAAACACAUUUCUGACUCUUAAUAACAGUGGUACUCUGUAUUCCUGAUACUAUAGUGUCCCUUUAAACUAUAAACAUGUAUUUCAGACACUAUAUAGUAUUUAACUGUUUGGGUCCCCAGCACCCCUCAGAUCGCAUGGGAACGGUGUUUUAACAUACAUUUCCACCCACGCCGGACAUGUCUCUCUGUGGCUGUUUCUGCCACUAUGGCAGAGAUCAUCAAUCUUGGAAAGCAUUGGGAGGUUAUUGCACAUAUGCAUCUCCUCAUAGAGAUUCAUUAACAUCACUGCUUCUCUAUAGGGAACGUUCGGCGGCUUUGUGCAUAGCAUGGAGACUCUGAACGCCAGUGAUGCACACUGUGCAGUACUGACCCAGGAAGCACCUCUAGUGACUGCCCCUAGAGGUGUUCCUAGGCAGGAAUGUAAACACUGCUUUUUAUCUGAAAAGGCAGAGUCUACAGUGCUCAGCCUGCAGGGACAGGUAUAGACACCAGAACGACUACAUUGAGUUUUAGUGGUUCUGAGAACUAUAGUGUCCCUUUUUAAUAUGGAACAUAAGUUUUACUAUGAUAUACGGACUUUGGUGGUUGACGUCUGGGCAUCCAACAAAUUGUUUAACUUUCUUUCACCUAUUUACAGACAACUCAUAGAGAUAUAUAUAUUUUGUAAACAUGUUUUUUUAGAAUGCUAAGGGCUCUGGUGAUAUCCUUGGAACUCUUCUAGAAUAUUUUUUAAAUGUGUCUCAAAGCAGGGCUUGACAAAUUUGCUUGGAAUCUAGGAGCCAGCAAAUAAAGUUAGGAGCCAGGCUUUUCAAUGUAAAAUGUGCAAUUCUUAAAGGGACGGUAUAGUAAUCAGAACCACUACAGCUUAAUGUAUAGUAUACAGUUUAAUGUAGUUCUUGUGUCUAUAACCUGUCCCUGCACACGUUUCAAUGUAAACCCUGCCUUUUCAGAGAAAAGACAGCAUUUACAUUGUUGUUUAGUAACACUUCUAGUGACAGUCACUCAGACAGCCUCUACAAAUGCAUCCUGGGUCAGUGCUGUACAGUGUGCAGGACCUACGUUUAGCAUCUCCAUAGAAAUGCGUUGAUUCAAUUAAUCUCGGAGGAGAUGCGGAUUGUCGCAGUGUGGAGUUUUUCCUUUCCUAUUGGAUUGGCUGAGAUCAUUAAGAUUUCAGGUGAAAUUUGUUGGGAAUUUAAUGUGAAUUUGAGGGCAAAAUAGCAAAACUGGAAAAAGUUGUAAGGCAACUAUGCUAUCAGUUUGGCAAUUUUGGCCUUAGAUUCCAAAUUCGCUUUGAAUUCCUGAACAUUUUUAAGUGCAAAAUCCUGUAUUUGGUUUAUUAGGCCACUUCCUCUCAUCUUUGUGUGCCAAGUCAUUAAUGCAAUAAAGUAAAACAUUUGCUUAUUUCAGUCUUUGUUCUAUAUAUUUUUUCUAUGACAGGUGUAAACCUGCCUAAUGCAGACCUCUGGUUAAUUUAGUAUUCUUGACUGUAAUGACCUUCAGGUCAUGUUUUGCACUGGUAUGCGUUAAAACUACAUUCCUCGCAUACUAAUUUGUUGGGGUUGUUUUUAUUUUCGGACUGUCAGAAUUGCAGAGCGUGUAUAGUGCAUACAGGCUGUCAAAACCAGUGGACUGUGUGUGGGUUUGUUUGUCAUCUUUUUUUGCAUUUUUGGCGAGUUGCAGUGAGUUUACUUUUAAAUGGGGGGAAUUCAGUUUUCAUUGCUUUUUUCCUUUUUUUUUUUUGUUGUCCAGAACUUAAAAUCUGCUGCCUUCCUUUUUUCUGUGUAGGGCAGCAUAAGGGCGUGCAAUGAAUGGUGAUUCAGGUGCCGGGGUGGUAACUUCACCACCUCCAACAAAUGCUCCUCACAAAGAGAAAUAUUUUGAUCGAGUAGAUGAAAACAAUCCGGAGUACUUGCGGGAGAGAAACAUGGCACCGGACCUUCGCCAAGACUUCAAUAUGAUGGAGCAAAAGAAAAGGGUCUCAAUGAUACUGCAGAGCCCCGUAAGUGUUUUUAUUCCAUGUGUAAUUAAACAAUCAUUAUGUACUUUUCGGGGAAAGGGGGUGGGGGUCUGGUGUUUGAAUGUUAAAGGGGCACUAUGGUGUAUGGUGUCAGGAACACAAGUGUAUUCCUGCCACUAUAGUUCUAAUACUACUGUUUAGGUGGUUGCACCCCCUUUACCUCUUGUUAGAAAGUUGGUUUACUCACCUUUUUCCAGAGACGUGCUGUGUUCCUCAUGUCUGGCCCCACCCCUAAUCCUCCCCUUGGCUGACAUCACAAUUACAGGGACACUCCACUAACCAAGUACAAAAUAAAUAACACACUGUUAAGUAGAUAUGCCCCAAAUAAAAACUUGCAUGCAUUUCAUUAGCAUUUUGUUUUCAUUGGGAAAAUAUUAAAAACCGCUUGCAAAACCUGCAGGACUCUUGUCUGCUGCCUUUGCAAACCCUCCCCUUCGAACACCGCCUAGAAUUUCUGUGGCUGUCCAAUCGCAGACUUCCCAAUACAGCUCAAUGAGAAGACUUUGCUAGACAGGUGCUCUUGACAGUUGCUGCCUCUUGAAUUUAUCUUCACUGCGUUAUGGUACAAGGAAACUAUUUGUACAGUUACUCCCAGUUUUUGUGAGACUGUUACACUAUCAAAAUUGAAAAUCACAGCCAACCCAAUGCUUUGCUAUGGGACCAUCAAUUGUGAUGUCAGCCAAGGAGGUGGAUCAGGGGUGGGGCCAGACAUGAAGAAUAUGUACAUAUUCUAAUGUAAAAAAAAAAAUUUUUUUUUAAAUGUCUCUGAUUUGGCUAUUUAGCUUUAAAUUUACAGUUCGCUCUCUCAUCCAUAGUUUGUGAUCAAGUGAAUAAUGCCUACUGUUCAUAACAACAAUAAUGUCUAAUGAAAUUUACUGACCUAAUGCAUAAACAAUUUAUAGUGGGAAUGUGUUUUAUCAUUUUAACUAAUCUGCUAGACUAAUAGGCUAGCAGAAACCUUGCUUUGUGACAUCUGCCCUAAUUAGGUUUAUUCAAGGCUAAGCUGUGUCCAUGGGAUUACUUCAUUUUAGGUCAUCUCCCUUUAAGUCUGUUUUAAACACAUACCAGAUCAGAAAUUAAAGGUAAAAAAAACAAAACAAAUACUUGCAAGCAUGAAAAGUACCGUACAUCGUACACCAAGGUUUAAUUUUUACUAUAUAAAAUGUAUUAAAGAGGCACUGUCACGUCAAACUUACCUUUCUUUAAUCAAUUCCUCUUCUCUUCCUCUGUCAGGAUCUGUUAAUUUCUUCCUGUCUUCUCAAGUUUUGUGAUGCUUCCUGUCAGUAUUACCAAACGUCCUGUCACUUAGACAGAACGUCAGUGCAACUACCGAAUUGCGUCCUAACAGAAUGAGAACAGUUUGUUCAUUCAUGUUAAGAUGCAAUUCAGGACUUUGUUCGUAUCGGAAUUUCAUUCUAAUGAAUGAAACUCCGAUCCUAUUCGUGCCGCGGCUGCAUCUUGCAGCUACUUGGUAUAUAACUCCCUAAUUCCCACGGUAUUAGGGAGCUAUCUACCAAAAGGCUGAAAGACCUAAAUUUGUCUUUCAGACAAAUUUGCGAAUACAAAGUAAAGAUUACUUAGGACUAGUAAAUUCUGCCCCUACUCGCUAUACUGCGAGUAGGGGCAUGUCUAGUAAACAGUGAUCAACCAGUGGCUGCUCACUGUUAGAACAAAAACAAAACCCAAGUAUUUUACUUGUUUGGGUAUUAAGAAGAUUUUGUGAUUUGUUUUUGUUUAAGACCUGAUUCUGAGGAGCCUGGUAGAUAUGUAAAAGUGUGUGUGUGUGUCCUAUUUGUAAAGGUGUUAAUGCCUUCCUUCUUACCAUAUAUUUAAAUCUGAUCUGCACUUUUGUCUUGGAUGUCUCCUGUUAUGUCUGGCAUAUGAGUUGUAUAUUCACUACUGGGUUACUGUUGCACUGCUGUCAUGUCACUCAUUUGCUGUUCAUUUCAAUUUCUGAAUAAUUUUGAGUCGUUUACCUUUUUUAUUCCAUAUGCCUGUCACCUACCCUUUAUUUGUAGAUUUCAUUAUUCAUUUUCAUUAAUUUUUUUAUUUUUUUUUGGUUCGUUUUUUUGAAGUGUUCUUUUCUUUUUGGUUUAUUUAUAUUUUCACUGAACCAUCAAAACAAAGUAGUAAACUUUUAAGUGUCCAUGAUGAAUUUUGGUUUACUCAACAUAUAGGGGGCAAUACUAAAUGCAUGAAUUAAUCUCUUCCAGAAGAGAAAUGCAAGCUUAGUGACACAUGGUUUCCACAACGGUGUCUUUAUGUAUUGCAAAAAUAUGAACAAAUUGAGAAAUAAUCUAAAAUGCAUCAAUAAGUAACAAAAUUGCACAUGUUCUAAAAGUUGUUGAAGAGAAGUUAUUAGCAGGAAUUAGUGUAUAAUGUAUGAUUUCUCUUGCAUAUUUUUAUAGUGUACUUAUUCACCAGUUGGUUGUUUUUUGGAAUAUGUGUACAGAGAAAAUAAACAUCCAGUGUAGCAGAAUUCUUAGCAAAUUGAAAUAAUUCUAGGUUUCACAUCUAAUGUGAAAUUUGUUGUGCUGUUUUGUGUUCAUAGCUUUUGAACAGUGAGUAGGAGAUAAGGGAUUUGUUGUUCACUGUGAAAUAGAAAAUAAGCCCCUUUUUAAUUUAAUUUUUUAUUUUAUGAGUGUGCAAAGGAACUUAAAAUCAUUAUGAUUGUUUUUAUUAGGCAUUUUGUGAUGAGCUAGAAAGCAUGAUUCAGGACCAACUCAAGAAAGGCAAGAACCCUGCAGGCUUAUUGGCAUUACAACAAAUAGCAGAUUUCAUGACCACAAGUGUACCAAGUGUUUAUCCUUCAGCACCUCAAGGAGGAAUGGCAGCUUUAAACCUGAGUGAGUAAAACAUAUCAAAAUAGCCUCUACUUUUAUUUUCUCUUUUGUAUUCUUCCACAUCUGUUAUUUUUUAUUUAUAUUUGUCUCAGGCCUUGGAAUGGUAACUCCUGUAAAUGACCUCAGAGGAUCAGAUUCUAUUGCCUACGAAAAAGGAGAAAAGUUGCUGCGUUGCAAACUGGCGGCAUUUUAUAGAUUAGCCGACCUGUUUGGAUGGUCUCAGCUGAUCUACAAUCACAUUACAGUGAGUAUCCAGCUAUGCCGACUGUUAAAUAUAUUUCAGAAUGUAGAAUUGCGCAAUAUUUCAUUUGCGUUUUGACUCUCAUUACUAGCUUAUCGUGGGAAUCUUUCAUUAAGCAAACAUGUUUGUACCUCUUAUGUAUACCUGUGCAUGCUUGUUCUAUACCGGGAGGUAGGCAGCUUUCUGCACACCAGGUGAUGUGAACUAUAUCCACCAUGAUUCACAAGCAUUAUGGGAGAUAGUCCAGGAUCAGGCUUGCCCAUGGUUGCUUAUCCCUUUCCUAGACUAUGGUCAACCGUUUCAGAUUUUAAAUGUUAUUUGUUUAGAUUUCAUGUGUCUUUGACCAAUUAGUUUGCUAAAAUUUGUUUUGUUUUUUGUAUCCAUUUUCAAGGGAUUAAACAUUAUUCUGUUGCAAUUUAAAACCUACAUAUAGCUCUACUGAGAACCACUAUAUAUUUUUUCACACUUUGGACCAGCUGUCUCUCUAUUUUUGGGAUCUUGCUAUGUAAUUCGAACAGGUUUCUGUAUAUACUUUCUUUUUGAUGUAUGUAUUGUUAAUAUAUGCAAAUAUCUAUUUGGUCUUCUUCAUGAUAGGAAAGCUAUUUUUAACUAACAAAGAUUAAAUGUUAUUAAAACAUCCUUUUGCAUUAGGUCCAGGCAUUUUUUUGCUUCGCGUAUUCCAGAUUUGAAUUUGAUCUGAAAUUAUGUGUAAGAACAGCAGGAAUGAAACUAGAUUUGUAACCUACCCUUUUCACAAUUACACAGACUAGGAGUGUAUAAUGAAUAUAUAGUGUGUGACGCAGUAAUUCAUGUUUUUUUAAUUUGUGAAAUAAACUUAUUUUUUUGUUCUAUUACUUUCCUGCUCUGCAAUAUUCUAAAAUCAGUAUUUAUGUGUAAUUCGUGAAACGAGUCAUCUAUGUGUAAAAAUAACAUUUUGAUUUUAUGUUGCACAGGUCAGAUUGAGUUCAGAACAAGAACACUUCCUGAUUGUACCAUUCGGACUCCUUUAUAGUGAAGUUACAGCAUCUAGUUUGGUGAGUUCUUAUUGUUUUGUUAAAGAAAACGUAAAGUAUUAUGGUGUUUGGUGUCUAUUUUAAUUUUUUUCUGUAUUUUGUAUUUGAUUUCUUAACAAUGGCCUGCUGGUUCUUAUGUUUUUAUAAAACAAAAACAAAAACUUAAACUUAAAAACAUGGCUUUGAAUUUAUAUGAAAGGAGCACUCCACUUCCCACAUGGGGGAGGGUGGAAAUGAAAUCACUGUUUAGUAGAUAUAUGCCCAUUAAUACAUGCGUGUAUUUAUUGGGGGCAUAUCUUAAGAGCUUACAAAGGCUCCCUUUCUAGUGAAUUGCAGCCUUAGGAAGCCCUCCUCUUUUCUUCCUGGAAGAGACUUGCAGUCUCUUCACUGGAAAAUAACCAAUCUUGUGUGCACACGUCUGUUCUGAGGUGUGGAACUGGUGAGUUGGGAGGCAGGCACUCAAGUACAGCGUGCCUGCCACGUCCGUUGGCACAGGGGAUCUAAUGAAAGGAGUCUGCAAACCUCCCUGCCUGUUUCCCCUAGCAAAUUUAUAAAAGUGCUGAUUUCUAUGAGAAAUCAGCACUUUUAUAAACUGUGAUUAAACAAGUCUACACCUCACCCAUAAACACUUCAGCAAGCUAAAGUGCUUUUAGGGGGAAGGGAGUGGUCCUUUAACCUCUAAGUGCACAGACUACUGUAUGAGCCAAGACUCCUUAGUGUGGAGAAAAGUUUGUUUAUUAUAAAAACUCUCCAUUGUAAGGGGUUUAGUCAGACGUUCUCCUUGAAAUAAAUAAAGUUUACUUUGUAUAUUGGUUUGAUUUAUUUGCAUGUAUUAUUAUUUUAUUUAUAUAGCGCCAUCAGAUUCUGUAUUUUCACUAUGUACCCUGCAAGCUUAUUUUAGAGUUUACAAAUAAGCAGGGGAAAAGUGUGUGUGUGUGUGUGUGUGUGUUAGCUAUCUUUAUUUUAUUUGUAAAUCUUUUUUUUUUUUUUUCUUCUUCUUCUUCUUCUUCUUCUUCUUCUUCUUCAAGGUUAAGAUCAAUCUCCAAGGGGACAUGGUUGAUCGUGGGAGCACAAACUUGGGUGUAAAUAAAGCUGGCUUCACGUUACACUCGGCCAUUUAUGCUGCACGACCUGAUGUGAAAUGUAUUGUUCAUAUACACACUCCUGCUGGGGCUGCAGUAAGUAUAAUGUACAAAUUAUUUUAAUGGGUUUUGACUAGACAUUGUGUAGGGUCUUGGUGAUACUCACUGCUAUUAUGAUUGUGCUAGGCAGCUGGGAAAAAAUAUAUUUUCUGUUGCUUAGCCAAAUGUCUGCAGUGCCUGGGUUAGUUGGGAUUCUUAUUUUCUGAACUUUUUACAGUUCUUGAGUUCAGUGUAGUCAAACAUACUUUCUUGGCUUCUUGUUUUAGGCAAAUUUAGGUUUGUGUUUUUUGUGUGUAAACAAUUGGUUGUACAAGGUGUAGGAAGUACAGAUUAGGCAAAUGUUACUGUCCAUUUAAAAGGUGUUAUCACUUAUCAGGAUAUUUUAUGAUUUGAGUUAGACAUUAAAAAUUACCUAUAAUUUGUAUUAAAGGGACUCUCCAGGCAGAUGAUUUUACUCACCUGGUUCCAGCGCCGGAAGCCUCGUGAAGCCGCGCCCCCUAUUUCGUCAAAAUGUAUUUUAAUACGUCUGACGUGGACAAGGUCUUUUUAGGGCCCUAUAUGAUAGGAAGUCCCUCUAGUGGCCGUCUCUGAAAAUACAGUGUUUACAUUAGAUUGCCUGCAGGGAGCUAUAGAUCAUACCUGAACUACAUUAAGCUGUAGUUGUUCAGGUGACUAUAGUGUCCGUUUAAUGUUUUCUGUGAUAUACUCCAUUUUCUAAAGUAAUAUUAAAGAUUUAGCAAUUUUCAUGAGUUACGUUCUGUCCAGACCUUGCCAGGGCAAUCACUGUAUUGCUCCACUCCCAUUUUAUUAGGGAUGUAUCACCCAAACAUGGAGGGCAUAUUUUUUAUUUUAAAUGCCCAAGGAAUGGUGUGUUUUUUUUGUUUUUUUUGUGUUUUUUUUUAAAGCUGCUUUACUAAAUAAUGUUACAAAAUUGCAACACUGUACCCUGGGAUCUGUUACAGAAAGCGCAACAGUUAAAGCAACGAUAUCAUCUGUGGGUUUCUUUUUACAUAACCCGCACCACUAAAUGCUAGGACCAUCUAGUCUUCUGGCAAUACUCUCAGUAGUAUUUACUCUAUAUAGAGGACAAUUAAUAGCCAUAUCUUGUGAGACAUUAAUGAAGAGACAACACCAGCUUCUUUCUUGUCAAUUCAUAAGAACUCAAACCCUGUAACAGCUUACAUAGCUCACAGCGUACAGUAACAAAUAAAAAAAUAAAUUGCACAAACAUUUUCACCAAUGGAAUACAGAACAGGGUACAAAGUGAUUAAUUACACUAGUUCUUUCCCCUCCUCCUCAACCCGCCCACCAUGUGCAAGCCCACUCUGACAACAAAUGGUUAUCUUGACUGUCCCUUUAAAACAAUCUCUGAUUACAUUGGCACAGCACUUUGCUGUAGUAGAUAACAUGUAGACUGGCUGGCUCCCACAGCAUGUGGUCACUUACAGUACAUUUAACUUGAUCACCUAUAAAAUGCAUUUCACACCUGAGUAUACUUUUAUGUCUGCCUAGAGAGCUGCUGUCCCUUCCCCUCUCUUGACCCACAGCUGCAUCUAGAGACACACAUACUGCUCUGUGUACAAUACAGGUACACAAUACAGAGAUGCUUAUGUACAUUGAAAAGAUUCACAAAAUUGCGCUCCGAGCUUACGGCUUGUGCGAAACAAAUCAGGACGAUCAAGCCAUCCAUCACAAAAAUAUCAGGAAAGUGCCAAUAUUCACUUUCUGGUAUAAUCUAUCACCAGUUCUGUCCAGACCCAGCCAGGGCAUACUUUGCAAAUAAACUGAAGUAGAAACAUUUUAACUUCAUAUGCUUACUCUAUGCUGAGUGCCAGGGGCAAAGGACAGAGCUUAUGACAGUGAUUGACAGGGAGGUAAUGGAUAUAGACAGAUGUCCUCGCAGAGGAAUGAUCACAUGCAAAUAAUACUCUAGGUUUUUUUGUAAUAGAACAUUGAAUAUAAUGGCAGUUUGUGUUUCCCUUUUAUUUUAAUUGUAUUUUUUUUUUUUUAUUCACUUUUAUUUUUAAUGAACACAGGUAUCUGCUAUGAAAUGUGGCUUAUUGCCUCUUUCUCCAGAAGCCUUGUCUUUAGGAGAGGUGGCUUAUCAUGACUACCAUGGCAUUCUUGUAGAUGAAGAAGAAAAAGUAUUAAUACAGAAGAACUUGGGACCUAAAAGCAAAGUGAGUAUUUGUCAUUUAUUUUUUCUUAGUGCAUGACUAAUUCGUGUGUGUGUUUUAAUUAUUUUGGUAGAUCUAUAUUGGUUGUUUUUUUUUCCCCCUUAGGUGCUUAUUCUCAGAAAUCAUGGCUUAGUAACUAUGGGAGAAACUAUCGAAGAGGCUUUUUAUUAUAUUCACAAUCUUAUGUCUGCCUGUGAGAUUCAGGUAAUUAUUGGAGUGACAUGUUGGCUGAAUUCAUUUUCAGGGAUCAUGUUUUAAGGCACUAUUUUAAAAAGCUAAAACAAGAAGAAAAAUUUUUGGUCGAACGAACUGUAGCAUCAAUAAUUGGAACAAAAGGAAUACUUGCAACAAAAUAUCCAUACGGCAGCUCGUGCACAUAAGUCUUCUUUGUUUGAUACAAAGCAAGUAAAAAUUGCAUACAUUGAAAGACCCCGUAUCCCCACCUAAAGAGUUUUGUGCUGAACUUUGCAAGUACAUUUUGAUAUACCUAUGAUUACCUGCCGAGUACAGCCCAAAACGCGUUUGGUGAAGGUGGGGGGUGUCCAGAGAGUUUCCAGUUUUUACUACAGGAGUAUUCCUCUUGUACCAGUUAUUGAUGCUAUAUGAUUCAUUCACAAUUACUGUGCUGUUUUGCUGUGACUGAGGAUCGUGGCGUUCAAAAGACUCAUUGGCUAAUGUCAGUGGGGCUGAUUGCCUAAAUGUUUGAAUUUGGUGCUGGAACAUUUAUUUAAUUUUUUUUUUAUAUAUUCCUAACUGUAACCAAACUUACACAUUUCACCUUACGUGUUGGUACCUAGAAGACCUUUUUAAAGUAGUGAUGUCACAAAACUAUGUAAGUGGAAUUCUCUUUCUCAAAGUAACAUAUUCAUCAAUUGCUAUGCCCCUCCCCCCUUCCCUUUACUAUCUUAUAUUGCAUUAGGUACGCACUCUUGCCAGUGCUGGUGGACCAGAUAACUUGGUAUUAUUGGAUCCUGGGAAAUAUAAAAAAUCCCGUUCACCUGAGUCGCCAUCUGGAGAUGGGAGUGCACCUCAUCCAAAGUGGCUUGUUGGGGAGCAAGAGUUUGAAGCCCUUAUGCGCAUGUUGGAUAACCUGGUAAGACAUAACUGUAGAAAAGUGCAAUUACAAAAGUGUUUUUAUGGUUUUACAACUAAGAAUAAUCAUGUUAUAAAGCUAAAAUGUUGUGGGUUUUUUUUGGUAUAGAGGCACCUCAUUUGUUUUACACUAAUUGCUGUUGGGUUUAGCAUAUUAAAUAGUUACGUAGGCUGAAAAAAAGACUUGCGUCCAUUAAGUUCAGCUUUUCUCACAUCUAUUUUUGCUGUUAAACCAAAAAAAGGCUACUUACCUAAUCUGAAACCUUCCCAAUUUUGCAACAAGUUAGGAAAAAAUCCUUGUAGACCGGAAUGUCAUUUUCUUGGAUUAAGCUCAGUGGUAGUGAAAAAAUGUGAAAUGAAAUCGUGUAAGAUAAAACAUUGUUGCGUAUCGACUGGUAGCUGGAACCCUGGUUCUGAGCCUAGGUCUUGUAGUAAAUUUCAUUCCAGCAUAUACAGUUAUGUUUGAAGGGAAGUGUACACAUGACAGGCUGGCACAGAGUGUAAAAUCCCCAUGUGGGUAAAUGUUUCAAGAUAAUUUUAACCCCUUAAGGACCAAACUUCUGGAAUAAAAGGGAAUCAUGACAUGUCACACAUGUCAUGUGUCCUUAAGGGGUUAAGGAGACGGCGUGCUGCCGUUUUCAUAGAUUUAGCAUAAGACAUUUCAACCAUCUGGAAGCACAGUUAUACCAACUGUUAAUGCAUAAACAACCAGAAAUAUAUAUUUCUUCUCCUUGGCAUGUAAGUAAAGGAAAUGUUGGAUAUAUUCUUGACUUGCACACCUAUAUAAAUCCCUGGAAGUAAUGUCAACAAGUUGUAAACAUUUAAUUUUGUUUUACUUCUAUUAUUUAAAUGUUUAGUGGCUUUUUUCUUGCAGACUAGAAUGACAAUGGAUUAAUAAAGCAAAACUACACAUUAUGAGCAUUUAAAAGUUUUGUUAUGGAAAGGCAGCACAUCUUUUUAGAACAUGGUACAGCAGUUCUACUCAAAUUAUUUCCCCCUCUUAAUCCUUAUUUGCAGAGCCAGAGUAGUGAGACCGAGCAGAAUCUGUUAUAAGAAUUUGGAUUUUUGUUUGGCGUUAAAACAAAAAUUUCUGCAUUGAAGGCAAAAAUUCUGCAUUUUUUUUUUUUGCUGGUUAACAUAUAAAAAUACUAACAUGGAGCUUCAUAUGCCUAAAAUAGUGAUGUUUUCUCUGUACCUUUUUGCAGGGUUACAGAACUGGCUAUCCAUAUAGAUGUCCUGCCCUACGCGACAAGGUCAAAAAGUACAGUGAUGUAGAAAUCCCAGCAAGCGUUACAGGUUACUCCUUUGGCGAUGGCGACUCUGGCACGUGUUCUCCUCUCAGACACAGUUUUCAAAAACAGCAACGGGAGAAGACAAAGUGGCUGAAUUCUGGUAAAGCUGAUGAUGGCUCCGAAGAUGGGCAGAACGGUGGCAGCCCCAAGUCGAAGACUAAGGUGUGGACGAACAUUACACACGAUCACGUGAAACCCUUGCUGCAGUCUCUCUCGUCCGGUGUCUGCGUGCCAAGCUGUAUUACCAACUGCUUGGUCUGUGCCUACCUUACUGUUCAUAGUUGAUAUAAAGCAACCUAAGGUGUCUGGCACCUGGAGGCUUUGGGAAUACUGUAACUUUUUUUCUUUCCUUUACUUUGUGGCCUUUGCUAACCCUUAUGUUGCUUAACCAUACCUCCUUAAAAUCAGUCUGUAGAACAAAUCUUGAAAUCUGCCUUAAACUGCUUAAGACUUUCCUGUCUAACUUACCUUUCAUGUGUACAUAUUCACAGUUCAGAUUAAUAAAUAUGAUUAUGAUGAUGCCUUUAGAAAUUGGCUUGAGAUUUGUGCCUUUUACUAACCAUAUCUCAGUUAACCUCUUAAGCAGUUUGCUUUGCUAACCUAAUUUAAUGUUUAGAUAUUUUUCUUAUGAUUCUUCAAAGCUACUUUUCCCAAAGCCUUCACGAUUUUCAAGCCAGUUUCCUUCUGCACGUUUUUGUUGCAUGCUAUUAAAUGGCCAUACCUGAUGAUUGACCGUACAAUUAGAGUGCGGCAUGACUAAAGUGCAGCUUGGUCUCCCAACUGGCACUCUUAUUGGCAUUAUGUUGAAAAUGGCGGAUCUGAAAAUAUGUUUAAAUUAAUAUAUAGUCAUUUGUUCUUUAGACACGCACACUACGUGAGAGCACUGUCACAAUGUUCAUUUGUGUAUGGUUUGGUUCUGCGAUGAUUGGUAUGCUGUGUUAUGCGAAUCGGUAUUCUAAACUUACGCUUGCAGACUAUACGUGUGUAUGUGUAUAUGUAUAUAUACUAUUUAUUUGUUAUAAAUAAUCUCAUGCUACGAGACAGUUGCAAAUGGCGACAAUCAAAGGAAAGUAGAAUUUAGACUAGUCUUUCAGCUUUUGUAUCCUUGUUUAUAUACAAAAUAGUCCAAUUUUCCAUAGCGAAGUAGGUAAAAAUUAAAACUACACUGGUUUAUCCCGCCUGCUUAUUGCCUAUAAGCAGGCGGGAUAAAUCCCUGUGGUUUUAAUUUUUACCUCUGAUUCAUACUUUAGACUGGCAGCUUCCCCCUGCCCCAUUUUCACCUUGUGCAUUUUUGGCACAUUUAAAGCUUGUGCUUGAAUAAGCUGUCCGUUUCCAUUGACCCUACAAUAUUGGUCGCUAUGGCUCUCUUAAGAAAAGUCUGUUUCCCGGUCAUUCCUAGCUUAUCGUGUGUUAUAUGAUUUUAUGACUUCUAUAGCUAUAAAGGAAAUUAGAGAUUAUGUUAAAAGUAUAGUUCCAAAACUGUUUUAGAAAAUUAUUCUAGAUAACUUGGUCUAUUACUAAAAUAAUUCCGUGCCCGAAGACCUACAGGACUGACUUUGUAAUUCACAGAUCUCUUACUAAACUGUUUUAUGAGGCCCUCUGGGACUAACACACACACACACACACACUUCUAGAUACACACACACACACACACUUCUAGAUACACACAUACACACACACACACACUUCUAGAUACACACACACACACACACACACUUCUAGAUACACACAUACACACACACACACACACACACACACACCUAGAUACACACAUACACACAUACACACACACACACACACUUCUAGAUACACACAUACACACACACACACACACACACACACACUUCUAGAUACACACACACACUUCUAGAUACACACACACACACACACUUCUAGAUACACACUUCUAGAUACACACACACUUCUAGACACACACACACACACACACACACUUCUAGACACACACAUUGCCACAUUCACACAGAAAUAAAUCCACAAUAUUUUUAGCCACCCUUUGGUUGACAUAUUCUUGGUGUGCAGAAGAAGGGUGGUUUACCUAUGGGUCUACUGAGUGGACAGGGCAUAUUGACAGUGGAAUGCCAGGAGGAAGUGAAGUGCUGCUUUAUGCUCCAGGAGGAAGCAUGAAAGUGCACUUUUAACCCACAGCAUUGUGACCCUGGGUAGGUAGGUGCAGUACCAUAAUUUAUUUAGAGAUCAUUUACCACCACUACCAGCUAUUUUUCUAUUGACUCUCCCCUUAGUUGCGUUUCCUUUCCAUUUCUGUCCUAUCACCCUGUCAUUUAUUUCCACUCUCUCCAUUCAUCACAUUCCUAAGGCAGGUGGAGAGCUCUUUCCUGCCUUAGUGUUUAGGGGAAAGUGCACUGUUUUUACUCUGUGGUCCCUGUUUUCGAGUACCCUAGCACUUUACAUUCCGUUAUAAGAUCAAGGAUAAAACAUAUCAUGUUCUUGUUUUGUAUGCCACACAGGACUACAGGUGAGAAACAAAGCUGUCUUCAGCCUGCUCACUUUGAACUGCUAAUUUGAACAGUUAGGCCAUCUUGUAUCUCUUGCUGCCAGGCCCCAUUUUGAGCAUAGUGGAUUUAUCAAUUCCUACUUUAUGGUUUUAGUGACCCCCUCUCCUCCCUUUCUAUACUAUUUACAAUACACUUAGAAAGUUGUCAUGACAGCGUUUAUAUUUAGGGAAAAAGCCAAGUGCAAACCUCACAUAUUUUGAACAGGACCAGAUAGUUGUUUUCUUUUGUUUUUUUAAUUUGCCAGCACUGAUAAACAUUUUGCCCUCCAGCUGUACACAUGCAAUUGUUGGGGAUACACUGAUCACUCCAGUUAGUGUGUAUAUGUAUGUAUGUGUAUAUAUAUAUAUAUAUAUAUAUAUAUAUAUAUAUCUCUAUCACCAACAUAUUUUGCAGUGCUUUACAAAGCUAGAAAAUGGAUAUUUGAAGAGGUCUCUACUCAAACAAGUUUACAAUCUAGUCAUAUAUUCAUAACCAUAUAUCAUUGAUUUUUUAUGACAUCCUAUCAAACCAUGACAUUACCAAAAAUAACAUGGGAUGGCAGGACACUGGUACAAAUCUGCAGUCCUGUUGAAUAAGGGACAGUUGAUAUGAGUGAAGGAAUUCUUCUCCUGAAUCUUCUAGGAGCCAUCUGUAAUACUUGCGCUCUUAAAAUGUGAAUUUAGCCCAUUUGAUGGCCCUUUUUCUCCCUCAAACAUUCCCUUUCUAUAACUGUAAAGCGCAGAGGAAUAUGUUGGUGCUAUAUAAUUGAUGAUCCAAUUUAUGUAAUUGAGCAGGUUUUCGUAUGCUCCUCUGAGGGUUUUGCUGCUAUAAAGUAGUAACUAAAACAAUGUUGCUACAUUAUGCAUCAUGGAGUUCUACACAGCCACAGAGAUGUAUUGUAGGAAGUAGCCACAAAAAAGUAAAGUAAAAAUGUGUAUACAGCAGUUAAACGGAUACGAACAUUUAGUAAUAUAUAUGCUAUUAAUUAAGUUUAUCACAUAUUACAGCUUAGUGGCCGCUUAUUUACUGGAGUUUUAGUUGACAUUAACUAUUGUAUUGUCCCUAGACUUUAAAACUGUAUGGUAAGGGAUACAUUUUAAUUUAAUGUAAAAUCUGUAAGCUGCUGCAAGCCUAUGGAGGCUUGGAAUUGUGUAAAUGUAAAUUUAGAAGCCAUUCUACAGGGUUUAAAUAAUAUAAUAAUCAGCAUGAGUGCAACUUCUCAAAUGUCAAAAUUUGGUAACCAAAUCUGUUUAGUAGAAUAUUACCUAUAAACGAAAUGUUCAAUAUGACGUGUAUACAUUAAAUCAGAUUUCUAUAGGCUUAUGUUAUAGAGACCACUAUUCUUAAUAAUCGGUAAUGGUAUAAAUUGAUUUUUACAAACUGGUGGUGGUGUAGUCAUUCCUGUGUUUGCCACAGUGGAUUGAAUAAACAUUACUUGUGCUGGAACCUGGCUGUCCAUGUAAUUCCCAUGUUUCUCUUUGCACCUUUGACGUACAAUUUCAGUAUUUGAUGAAUGUGCUUUUCUGGGUAAAGCUUGGAAUGUAUUUAAAUCAUUCUUGUGAGAUAGACUGCACUAAUCUGAGCUUUCUGAGCGGUAUGUGUACCAGGCAAGAUAAUUUACUAAAAUUAAUUUCACAUUUUAGGCCCAGAAUAGUCGAAUUAAAAGCAAAGCUAACACAGAAUCUAUCCAGUUAGACUAUGUUGACCUUAAAUUGAAAUUCAGUGAAUUCUCACUAUACUGAAUAACCCUGAUGGUGUUGGUGAAAAUGAGUUGGAAACCAUGGUUGAUGAAACUUGUGUGAAUUGAAUGAGACUUAGAGCAUUGAGUCCUAAAGGAUAUUUCCCUGUGAAACAUGCGACCGGGGCUGGAUUUGCCAUUAUACAAUCUUGGCAUGUUCCUCAUAUCUUCAAAUUCCAAUUAAUCAUUAUAUAAGAGUUAAAAUUAAAGUAUUUUUCAUAGAAUUGGUUGCCGUCUGUUGGUAUGCAUGACUGCUCUUAAAUCUGUACUAUUGUAAUGUUCACAAAUCGUUCAAGUUCCAAAUUGAUAUGUUCAGGGGUUCAGCAAGAACCAAAGAUCCUAUGCCUAAUGUUGCAUGAAGGGGUAAUUCUAGCUCUGUCUGCAGCCUGCAAUUUGAUCUGAUUGGAUUUAAGCCUCAACAUCUCUGUCAAUUUAUUUUUGUGUUUGUCUCUUUACACAAACACAAAAUUAGGGUGCAAUAAUAAUGUGUGAAGACUUGAAGUGAGUAUGCUCUGACUACAUAAUUCAUUCUACAUUAUUUUAUUUCUUCCUGCGGUUGUCAAAAUAUACUUUCUUUGAUUACAUUUUAUUUAUUUUUUUAAUUUUAUUCUUGCGCUUGUUUCUUGACAUAAGUUGCUGAACUGUAUGUAAUUCAGGCAAUGGGUUCUCAGUGCAAUCCUAGGAGAGAGAAAAGACUUAUGCAUAUAUGUGAGCACAUAGCCAUGUGCACUAAUGGUAUAAACCCUUUUCUUUCCACGUACUGUCGCUGCUUUUACUUUUCUCUUUCAGAUUUUUGUGUUCUAUUUUAGUUCCAUUUUCUAUUUUUAUUUUCCCAUUCGAGAAAAAAGUUGUUUAUUAAUGUAAAUUAGCUUGAAUUACUUUUAUUUUGCUCUAACAUGCCUGUUUUCUUCCAGUGGAACAGAGUAUCCAUGCUGUUUCUGUAGCCUUUAUUUUAAUUUCAUGCCAAACUUUGGUGAUGCCCACUCACUAAAAGAUGCCCUGCACCCUUUUGUGCAAGAUAAGUCCUGUAAAAUAACUUUAAAGUGACGAUUUGCAGACUCCAUCUCCACAAAAGGGUUAAAGUCCAGGGAGUGAAUUUGUAUUGUUUUCAGCUGUUAUUUCAUCUUUCGCUUACCAAUUUUUGCAUUUGGUGCAUUGUUUUGUUUUUCCUUUAAUAGGAAGAGUGAAUCAAUGAUAUCUGUUUUGCUAAACAUUUUAUUUAAUUUAGUAAUCAACAUGACAAAUGUUGUGUAGAUGUGUGUCCAGUUUAUUUCUUGAUAUCCAUAUUUUGGGACCUACAGUUAAUGACAUUUGAUAAACGAAGCCAUCUAAACGACAAAUAAUUUAGCAUAAAGUUAUUAAAUUACACUUUUUUUUUUUUAAGAGCCUGCUAUUUUUUGGAAUAUUAUUUCCAGCACGGUUUCAUUGCCCAGUGGUAUUUAAUUGCCCGAAUUAACCACAUUAAAGAUACAAAGCCCCAGGGAGCAAAUUACCUGGUGGAUUUAUAAUAUUAAAUUGUAAAAAUCUUGUUUAAUCUAGUAUAAUUCGAACUCGUCCUAUGAAUCGUUGCUAUAUAAUUCUGUAGCAUCAUUUUCCAAGGAUCAUUAUGUCCAUUUAUAAAGGUUUAUCUUAUAUUUACCUGUUUUUGAAACAUACUACAAGGUACUUAAUUGCAGAAUAUUCAUUGGUUCAUUUUCCCUAUUUUACUUGUCAAAUGCAUGAUUUGUAAAGUUUAUGUUCCAUAUUGAAUGCAUGGUUAAUGCUAAACUAAUCAAUUAACUGUUGUUUUACCUUUGCAGUGGACUAAAGAGGAUGGACUCAAAGCCGCCACCUCUGCUGUCCCUAGUCUGUUUGUCCCGUUGAACACAGACCCCAAGGAAGUACAAGAGAUGAGAAACAAGGUAUUUUGGUUUGCCUUUUAUUUGGAUAGUAGCAAUAAUGCUUUAUAGAUAUAUUGGCAUUUAGUAAGCUGAUGAUGUUAUGGUUCUGUAUUUAUUAGUGAUGCACUACUUCUACCUACAUUCUUUUGGUUGAACCAUACUGUAUAGUAAUGAAGACUCUAGCAACUUUGUUGCCGUUAACCUUAAUCUCUCCAAACCUCAUUUCCACUGCAGCAUACCAGGAGUACCCUGGUACACUCCUAAUGUAAGCAGUUAAUCUGUUUGAUAAUGGUUUGACUUCUGACCAGGCAUCCACAAGCCCAACUUUACACACGCUCAUGUUAUGCAGAAUCUCUUGACUCUUCUGAGCUAAGCCCUGCACAACCAGCCUUUGCUCAUAGCUGAGAGCUUCUGGCGCAGAGGAGGCUGCAGUGGAGGCAGGGAGCAAAACUUGUAAUAAAUGUGUUGCAGUUGUUAUGGUACUUGGAGUGCUCCUUUAACUUCACUUUUGUUAAAGCCAGAAAUACAUUUUCCUCGCUCACGUUUGUGCAUAACACUACUUUUAUGAGUAGUAUGUAUUUUUUUUCUCUAUAAAAGAGUAAGCUGUCGUUAGUGUAUAUUAUUUAACCAAGGUUAUAUAAAGUUUGGGGUAUUUGAGUCUCUUCCUUCAACUUACUGAUUUGAUAGAAAAUGACCCCCUCCCCAAUAACAAUAGGGCUUUAGUGCACUCUCUUUUGGAGUGGUCAGAGCUUACACAAAUGUCCACUAAGUAUAUGUCCUGCCCAUCAUUUUACAGUAACCGUUGAUAUACUUUCCUUUGCAGAUUUGUGUUCAAAGUACUUUAUUUGCACAUGGUCUUGCUAAGACCAACUAGGCAUCCAGGGCAUUUGUUUGUAGGAGGGAGCUUUUUUUAAUUUAUUUUUUUGUUGGCCAUGUUGUAGAAUAGCCUAGGGAGAAUUCCCUCCCAGUUUUGUGAGGGUUGAUCUGUAACUCAAUUAUAUUAUUCUCUUUUUUUUUAAAGUUAUAGAGAACAGAUCUUUAGCUAUUUGUAAUUGAAUAAAUGAUGCAAAAUAGAUGUAUUUUACACUUUCAUGUAAAACUUAACUCUUAGAUUGUUUUAUUUUAAAUCUCAGAUAAGAGAACAGAAUCUUCAGGAUAUUAAGACUGCAGGUCCUCAGUCACAGGUGUUGUGUGGAGGGGUAAUGGAAAGGAGCAUCGUGCAGGUCAGUGUCCAGGCAACUAAUGCAAAAAAAAAAACCCUGCUCUGUAGUUUUUUUUUGUUACUGUACUUCACUAAUCGUAUUUUUUAAUUGACAGAAAUUAUCUGUGUAUAAGGUAAGCAUUUAACGGUGGCUUCAUUAACCUCUGCAGAUGUGUAGGUUAUUACUGUAGACACAAGCUUCUGUGUGUGGUAUAAGCAUGUGAGUGACAGAUGCUUCAAGCUCCAUUGCUGAAUGCCAUGCAUGACCAUGCUUCUUUAUUACCUUCCAGUAGUUAUGGAGACAUCUAGCAAGGCUACUUGGCACAUUCAGUAUGUAUGCUCCAAACCUUUUGUUUCCCAGAGCAAACUUCACCAAGCCCUCAAGGUCAAGCUCACUUUCUUGUUCUCUCCCUAUUUUAUCUAUACUUAUUUUAAAUAACUUUUGUUGUCGUCCCCACACCCCAUUUAUUUCCUCUGGUCAACUGCAGUUGGUAGUCAUUACACUAUCUACCUCAGGCUAUGUAUUUAAAACCAGCUGAUUUAGAUGGUUCUUAUCGAAUUCUAUUCGUCAGAACAAACAAAGGGGGAAAAAAACAAAAACCUGGUUGCUAAUCUCCGCCCAAUUUCAUUAUCAUCAACCUCUCCAUGUCUUCAUGGUUCAGGUAGUAUAUGAUCUUUGAGGCUAUAAAUGAAAGUGACAUUGAUGGUCAUAAUCGUAUGGUGUUUCUCCCGUAAAUAAGUGUGGAAGCCACGUAGACAGUGGAGAGUGUGGGCAUAAUACAAUGAAUCCAUAAGACGCAUGCCAUCAACUUAUUAUACCUUCCAUGACGUGAAGUUGAACUAAAUAAAGUAAUCCUAUCCAUGCCACCACAUGUUAUCACUAGUUUGUGGUCAUGGAUGUCUAAGGUUGCCAGCCUGGGUGCACAAUAUACAAUUACUGUUGUUAAGAGUAAUAUUUUGAUCAUAAAAAUAUUAACUAUGAUUAAUAUAAAAAGAAACUUAAAAGCACACUUCAGGUACUCCUCAUGAUGAGAAGACUCUCUAUUUUCAGCAAUGGGAAGCGUGGAGUGCCGCCAGUCAGGGGUGCUUCCGAUUGGAUGAAGGAUGAGCUGACGCUCUCAGACAAUUUUUGACUUGCCAUUCAAUAAACUGAUUUGGAAAGGAAAAGGUAUGUUUCUUUACAAGCCAAUUUAGUGAAUGGGGAGCCACUGAUUGGCUGAGAGCAUCAGCUGACUGCUCUCAGCCAACCUGUGACACCCCUGCCUGGCAGCACUCUGUUCUUCCUGAAUCUCAAAAUUCAAAAGACAGAUGCUGCCAGGCGGGCUUGGACAUUGCCGCUGGAGGCAACUUUGGGGUAACCCAGGAGAUAACGUUUUAACCACUUUUUUUUUUGGGGCGGGGGGGGGGGUUCCUAGAGUGUAACUUUAAACACCUAGAAAAUUACCAAAGACCCAAUAGUGCAUAACAAAAAAUGUAAAAGCCACUUCAGUCUCUCUGUUGUUUCUUAAAAGGAAACCCCUUCUGUGACUUACAUGAUUCCAGCGCUGAUGUUGCUCCACUUCGGCUCCUCCCCCGCCAACAUCAGCCGGCGGAAGAGACCUAAAGCUCAUAUGCGGUGAUGGCCACGCUUGCACUAGGACUUUCCCACAGUAAAGCUUUAUUUAAUGCUUUCCUAUGGGAUUUUUCGGGGGGGCACUGAACACUAGAGGUGGAGUUUGCAUGCUUAAGGAACCUGGGACAUAGCACUAAGACAACUUCAAUGAGCGGAAGUGGUCUGGGUGUCUAUAGUGUCCCUUUAAACAAAAUCCUGUCUAAUUUCAUUGCUAUAUAGACCAUUUUUCUUUACCUGUAGAGACUUUUUUAAGUCAUAUUUUUGCAAAGAUUAAGAGGUGAUCUCAUAUGAUGGACUCAAAUAUUUGUAUAUAUAAAUUGUUGUAAUCAACAGAGCAGGCAAGUAGUGGUCUGCAACUUAAUAGCAAAAGUAACGUAUAGUCUUUUAAUAUAAGUAACAUACAGAGAGAUUGCUUUAUAUAAAUUGUAGAUUCCAACCUAAUCGUAAAACCUACAGUAAAUUGUCAUUUAGUAGAUUAGUAAAAUAAAGUAGACUGCAAACUAUUGCUGCGAUAAACAUUAAAUACUCAUUGCAAAUACCAUAAAGUAAAGCUCACAAAUGUACUAUAGCUUAAAUUCCAGCUAUACAAAAGAAGUAUGGGUAAGUAAGCUAGGUAGUAUGGGAUAGCAUUAGGAAACAAUCACAAGUGUUUAAAGGUCGACUAGGACAUAAGAGUAUACUGAACAGUGAUAUUCUAUAUUGCUUAUCUAUCAAUUACGUCUGUCACUCCACAAGCUGGCACUAAUAACUCCCUGUCCCCGUAUUAUAGAAACUUCCCCAUUCUAGUGCAAGCGAGAUUAAGGCAAACAACUAAAGAUUGCAUGGCGGCGUCUUCAUCCGGAUCUACACACAUUGACAGCUGCGCCCAACUGCCCUCCUAAAUGUAAAGAGGUGAGGGCCACCCCUUACUGAUAUCAUCCCAUCAAAUAAGACGUCAGCUGAAACUAUGCUUUCUAUGAUGCAAACACCCCAGCUCUGUAUACAGCCUAACCGGAUGCAUAUCUAUAAAGUACUGGGGGGGGGGUCACAUCUCCAAGAUAAAGCGAUCGAUUGUAUUUCUGCACAGAUACUAUUUAAAGCAAAUGAUGAGAUAAAUAUCUCCUAAUCUGAAGAGCAACAUAAAACCAUAAAGCGCCAAAAUGUAUGCGUCUACAGUAGUACUACCAGAUGCAAAUAUUAAAGAUAAUAAGAACCUAAACAGACUGACUCUAAUUUGUGGGACUUAAAGAAUUUUAAGCAAUAUUCUUAAAGUAUUUUACAAGAAAUUGGGAUGCGUAUUAACACAAUGGGCGGUCAUACAUUCAAUCAUAAACCAUAAAAGAAUAAAAAAAAAAAAAAUAAUACAUAUAGAUAAACCAAACUGGAGAGGCAUACUUCUGGUGCAAAGUACAUAUGCUUGAAUGAAAAAGUAAAGCAAUUACAACGGUUAACUUGGAAUGAAAUGUAGUGUCCAAAAAUACAAUUUAGUUAAAGGAACAUUGUGUAAUAGAUGCCUUCAUUAAGUCCUCUUGGAUAGAAGCUCUUUAACUUGUAUAUCUAUAGGCAAUCUCACGGUCUUAUAGUCUCCCCCAUCUCUGGUCUCUUGGCCAAUUGCAAUCAACAAAAUUUGAGACCUUUGGCACAAACAGCAUGGUAGGUAUUAUAGGCACCCAGACCACUUCAGCUUAUUGAGGUGGUCUGGGUGCCUGGUCCCGCUAGGUUUAACCCCUUUUUCUAUAAACAUAGCAGUUUCAGAGAAACUGCUAUGUUUAUAUUAGGGUAAGUCCAGCCUCUAGUGGCUGUCUCAUUGACAGCUGCUAGAGGGCUUCCGCGCUUCUCACUGUGGUUUUCACAGUGAGAAGACGCCAGCGUCCAUAGGAAAGCAUUGUGAAUGCUUUCCUAUGGACUGGCUGUGCGCGCAGCUUCUGCCGCGCGUGCGCAUUCAGCCGAAGAGGAGGCGGAGAGAAGGAGGAGAGUUCCCCGCCCGGCGCUGGAGAAAGAGGCAAGUCUAACCCCUUCCACCCCACAGAGCCCAGUGGGAGGGGGACCCUGAGGGUGGGGCACCCUCAGGGCACUAUAGUGCCAGGAAAACAAGUAUGUUUUCCUGGCACUAUAGUGGUCCUUUAAGACGCCUGGUGAGAGGAGUAUCAGUGUGGUUUUUGACAGAUCUAUCAUGUUCUUUAAUGCGCUCUUUGAAGGGGCAAAAAAUAUAUUACCCACCAUAUUUACUACCACACUUACAGGUAAGUAGGUAGACCAGGCCCGCUGUGUUACAAUUAAAGAAUGGACUCGAUUUAAAAACAUUCUAUAUUUUCACGGUCAUAAACAAUUUUAGAAUCUUAUGUAUAUACAUACAAUGCACCUCCCAUUUCUGAAUGUAUCAAUAAGGGAAUUUGGUGUCCAAUUUAUAUUAUUCGCUGUUAGUUGCUAAUGACUGGGCACAGGAAUAUUUAGAAAAAUCUAUCCCUUUGUGCUGUUAUGCUUGCCUAUGGGCUAAACACAUCUAUGAGAUGUGUAUCAUUAGUAAGCAAGGGCAAGAAGCGGUGUAGAGUUUCUUGCAUAAAGUGCCAGCCUGCGUUAAAAUGAUCCAGUCAUUCUGAUCAGUUGUUUAGGGCUAGCAUGAGGUUACUUGGGUUCCAAGGGUUGUGUUCAAUCUGUCUCAAGUCCUUUCAUAUACUUUUUUUGUUUUUGUUUUUUAAACAACCAUUUGGAUAGCCCUUCUCUUUAAACCGUUGGCACAGGCAUUAACCUUUAAAAUUGUCAAAGUUACUACAAAUAUUGGCAUGUUACUAUAAGGUUAUUUAAAUAAUUAAUCCAUCUGUGGUUGUAGCAUAAUUAAAGUGGCACUAUAACUUCACAGUUUAUUUUGUCACAUACUGACCCUUGUGUUUCUGGAUAAACUGCAGGCAUCAUGGACAGAUAAGAACAAAAUAGUGACACCCAGAUUUUGAGAUCUUUUGCUAGGAAAAAAGGAACCUAAAUAAAGGUAAUUGGCAAAAGGGGGAAUUAUAAUGCCUUCGAUACAGGGGGAUAAUGAAAGGAAAACCAUAAGGAAAAAUACUUUUUAGCUUUUAAGCUUUAAUCCUCUCACAUAAAUAUGCUUCCAAUUGGGCAAUAAAGAUUGUGAACCUGUCAUGGUUUGGGGAUUGGAAGUCUGUGUUAGACCGACACCCACAGGUCACUUUCAAACUAUUUUCAUACCUUUUAGAAGAUAAUCAUAGUUGAUGAGUGUUUUUCCAAAAAGCCUUUUUCUUUUCUUUUCAAUAUACUUGACGGGCUAAUGUCUCUGUGAUCCCCACAAAGAGGGCUUUAUAUGCCCAUAAUACAAUAUUAAGUCAAAUGCUGGGCUUCUUUUAAUCUUCGAGCAGCACCAAAUGUGCAUAUGACUAAGGAUUAGUGGGAGUUGCAAUCCCUUUGAGCAGCUGUUAUUUGCAGAUUCUCUUCUGCACUCUUCGUCAAAGGGUCAUUUUAUACAUCAUAACUACUACAUUUUAGCGGUUGCAGAAAUUGAGUUUUAUUCACAAAACUAGGAAUUUCGAGGAACUGAUUAAUUGCAAAUCUUAGGCCAACAACACUAAAUCAGAAUAGACACUCUGAUUUAGUGCUUAUUUUAUUUGCUUUCUUUCCUCUGAUAACCAUAGGUUUGUGCGGUACACCUUAAACUGACAGUGUUGGUCUGGAGGUCACUAAUGAUUACUUCCAUAAAUUUAGCAUAAAGCUACAUAUUUGGGUGACUCAUGCUUUGGAAACUAACUUGGUUAUCUGUUUAUCUUGUGAUUCAUAAUAUGUCCUACACUAUUGUCUUUAUGGACUGGGUUCUAAACAGAUUGUGCAUGUUUGGUAUAUUGUGACUUUCAAAAGUCAGUGUGACUUUCAAAACUGAAAGAGGUGUUUGUGUGUGUGUGUAUAUAUGUAUAUCUAUAUGUAUGUAUAUCAAUAUAUAGAUCUAUCUUUCUUUCUUUUCUCUGUGCAGUAGGUUACAAACAGGCUUGCGAUACCCAAAUCAUAGAGCAAGCUUUUCAACAGGCAUAUUAUAGCAGUGGCAUGGCAUUGAGAGUUGUUUAGAAAUAAUAAAAACACGAAAUUAAAACGAUACAGUACUUUUAAUAAUGUAACUGAUAUAUUUUAUGUAAAACAGCACAUAAGCUCAACACACAUAAUUAUUUUAAUUUUUCUUGUUUGUGACCAUGAGGAUAAAUCAUUUGCAUUCUGUGUGACCUUGUUAUCUGUCUGAGUAACCUGUCUCCAUCCAAACUAGCCAUUUCUGUUCACACCUAUUCACUUUUCCUUUUUGCUGUACUGUGUGUGUGUGUGUGUGUGCGCGCGCAUGUAGCUCUUCACCUUGCUCAUAUUCCAGUUUUUUGCAUGAUCCUUUCUAGCUCCACAAUGUGUUAUGGUUGACGUGAGGCUUGGUUUGCUGUGUUUACUACAUUUACUGUUGCAGGAUGCGCCUCUUUCAGACUGUACGGAAACUAUUGAAGGGCUCGAUUUCACAGAGCAUUCCUUUAGUCCAGCUAAAACCCUCUCAUUUAGAAAGGUAUAUACUGCCCUGUAAUUACAGUAUGAAUUUGGGAUGGGUAAAAAAAAUUAAUAAAAAUAAUGACCACUUCGUCAAUCUUCACACGGUUGUAAAACUGGUUCUCAAACCCUUUUUGUUGUGGUUUUAUUGAGGGGGUGAAUUGAUACGGUGCCUCACUAAAAGUUAUUUUCUUAUAAAGAAAUGCUACAUCUCUUACUUUUGUAAUUGUAAAAACAAAGGUGAAAGGACAUGUUUGCCACUCUUCAUAUGUCCUCAUAUCCAAAUACCUGUCAUUGCAUGGGGAUAUUUUCAAACUUAUAUCUCCAUAGCUGUACAUCUAGCUGGUCUAGUCCUUGUACCAGAGCACUGUCCAUUAAUAUAUCACUGCUAUCCUUAACAGUGUUAUUUUAUUUGGGUUGAAAUUGGCUCCUUACAGCAUCUAUAUGCUGUUUUAUAGUGUUGUUCUGUUUGAAGAGGAUUUUUAUUGGGUUAGCAGUUUUUUUUUUUUUGUUUUUUUUUUUAAUAUCCUUUUGCAUUCCAAGACCUACCAAUGUUAUGCAUGCAGCUUGCACACUCCUCUCCUCUUCAAAGAUAUCAGAGAGCACAAGCAGUAGCUACACACAGGUGCAGCAACAGGAGUCUGCUGUAAUAACCCCAAUCCCAGAAUUAUGAAAUGAGCUACGAAUAAACCUUUAGCAGCUAUGGCAUCCAUUCAGCAUUUCUCCUUCUCCGAUAUGAGUGGAAAUGUGGCCAAGCGCUUUACUACAUACCCCAUUAAUGUGGACUGAGGUUUAAGAAUAACCAAAAAAAAAUCCCAUCAACCCAAAAGAGAGGCUUCCAACAGGUGAACCUCUUACUAGCCUGAAGAGGACUGCCUGUUGCUUCUGCUUGCUGUGUGUUAGCAGGAACAGCAACCACCCUACCCAAUCAUUAAAAUGUUAUAUUUAGAAUAACAAGGGAUACUAUAGUAUGUGUGUACAUGUAUGUGUAUCAUCCUGUCGGCUUCUAUAAAGUAGGAUAUAUUCCAUGAUGCUGCAUUAGGUAAUUCCAUAAACCUCACAGCAGCAGAGAUAAAUUGAGGGCUUACACUGAUGCUCUCGGUCGACUGUAUGUGUUUUAUGAUUUAGUAUUUAUAUUGUAUAACACACUCUUUUCUGCUGAUGUACCCAUCAGGUUUUGAAGUGAAGCCUUCCCUCUUUAUGACUGUUCGAUAUUACUUCCUAGUUUAUAUAAAGACCUAAUGCAGCGUUCAAGAUGAUCUCAUAGCCAAUAACAUUUAUACAGCUUUUACAGAAACAUUGUCUUUUUGUGUGCCCUUUCCUUUCACAAUCAUGCUAAAUUACUUACUGAAACCUCAUACUCUGUCCUUCUGCCAUUUGCAUUCAGCUUCUCCUGUCCAGUUUUGUUUUUUUUGUUUUGUUCUUUCCUUCUAUCCCUCCUUUUUAAACUUCAUCCAGUGAAUAUUGUCCCUGAAAGCGUUUGUGGGUCAAUCUUUUUUUUUUUUUGCUAACUAAAGGCCUUGCAUUUUCUACAUUGUCUCUUCUCUCUCUCUUGGCAUGUUAGAAGUUAUAUUCUAUCCCACUCUUAUAUUUCACCUUACCAGUAUCCCACAAAUAGAUUAGAACUCUGGAAUUAAAUCUCUUAAGUUGUUUUUUUUUAAUUUUGCAGGAUAUUAUUUUGACUGGAAUGUUUUAUCCCUUCAUCAGUUAAUAACGCAAUCAAUUUUACCUUUUUUUUUUUGCUAUGGAUUUCUUAGUGUAAUUUCACAUGAAGUGCGCCAAUUUGUAGCAGUAUAUCUGUAAUAACAAAGGGGUUAAAUUUCCAAAUAAUCAUGGUUUUGUAUGCUGGUGAUGAUUCACAAUGGCUACUUUCACAUAUCAGACAGAUGGAAUUGUCAAGUGUACAUGAAACAUUAGCAUACACUUUUUGUGUUAUGACAUUGUACCAGCUUUUCCAUUGUUUAUUAUUAAAAAUAAAUAAAUACAAGGAGGAGACUUGUUUUUGGUAUUAAUAUUAUUAUUCACCUGCAUCUGUCAAAUCGAGCUUUUGUGCUCUUUGGAUAAGGAGUUUACAAACCUCCAUUUUUUUUUUUCCUUCUAGUAUUGUUAGUGUAGAGCCCUUGCAUGCUGAAGACAAAAAUAUGACUAAUACAAGUCGUUUUUUUUUUUAGUUUUUUUUAUUUAUUUAUUUAUUUUUAUGUUUAACUGAGGGUAUACACAGGGAGCUUCAAAAUAUUUACAAGGAUUAUGUGAAUGUUUAAUUUACACAUUAUUUAUGAGGCAGUCCCUGGGUGCUGAGAAGGUUUUAUAUGAAUCCUUUGGACUUUAUUAAAUGUUAUUGAUAUAAAUCCAGAGAACUGUGUACUAUUUCCACUACAAUAAGUUAUAGUGGUUGUUUUUUUGGAGUGCUACUUUUACCUGAUAUUUCCAGCUGCUGGGUGCAAUACGAACUGAGUUGGGUGGGGAGAGGGGAGAUAUGUUUAUAAGUGACUGUAUUUGUUAUGUCUAAUUGAGUGGUUUUGCUUAUUGUUUUUUUUUUUUUUAAACAAUCAAUCAAGAAACCUUUUUUCUUUUUUUUGCAUUUGAUAGGGAGAACUGGUUACAGCAUCUAAAGCCAUUAUUGAGAAAGAGUACCAACCAAGGGUUGUUGUUAGUACAACUGGUCCUAACCCUUUCAACAAAUUUACAGACCGGGAAUUUGAAGAAUACCGCAAAGAAGUGGAGCGCAAGCAGAAGAGUGCUGAAGGUAAUUCUGCUUUGUAUCGUGGUUUAUGAGUGCCACAUAAUUUUUUUUAAACACUUAUACUUAGUGAAUGUAUGCUCCUUUUUAAACUAAUUUUAUUACCGGCCUUAUGUUUAAAUAUCAGAGUUCUAUAAAUUUCUCGCCCCGCUGUAGGGUGAAUAUUACAGUUUUACAGCAAUUGUGACAUUUCAUUCCUGCGCAAUUUUCUUUAUUCUUUCCACUAUAAUCACAAACUUUGGUUGUUUAUCUCUAGUUUCAACAAAUAUGGGUUUUUUUACAGACAUUUGAAUUGGCCAGAAUUCAAAGUGAGACUUUAAUUACGGACCAAAGUAGAUGCUUUGAAAAUAUAGGUGACUAGGAGAACCUUUCCAGUAUCACUAUUUUGGCUUUAAAUUUGUCAUUCAUUUUGAAUUCCUAACCAUCCACACUUUAGUGAAUAUUCUUAAUAUUUACCAGCUUAGCAAUACAGUAAGUUUUCUUACAAUCAGCAGGCUACUUUAGAUCACAUUUGUGUACUGAGCUAAAGGUUCAAAUCUGCAUUGGAUAAUGACAAGCUUAAAAAAAAAAAAAAUAAUUACUUUGAAUUUACACCAGUUUGAUAAAUAGGUUUGUCAUACAGUGUAACAAAUAAAUAUUCAGCCUUGCCAUUUUGACUUGCACUGUGGCACAUAUGAAGAAUGUUUUACAGAGAUUUGCAACAGGUAAUGUGCCCAUCGCAAUUCUCACAAAUUCUUCACACAAUACUUUUUUAUAUUCUAAAUUUGAUCUGUCACACUGACAUGUUGUGACGAAAUGUGAGUUUUUGAAGUUUUCUCCUAUCGUUUUCAUAUUUUAUUUGCAAUUUUGCAACAUCCCAUCUAGAUGGUUUCUCAGAGUAUGGCGAUUCUGUUGUCCUGAGGCAUAAUGAAAAUGAUAGAUUAACAGGGGUUCAAAGCCACAAAUCCGAUGACCCCAUAGACUCAGUGAAAGAACAGGGGCCUACCUCUUGUGCUGACAGUUUGACAAGAAAAGAUGAAAACACUAGAGUGCAUUUCGAGCCUGAGCUGGUUUGUAUGAAGCCUGUAAUAGAAGCCACUCCAGAAUUAAAUCUAGACAUCAUGCAACUUACUCUGGAAGAGUCUCCCCAUGAAGACCUUCAUCAUGCUGUUAUACAGGCACUAAACUCCAGCAUGGACUUCUUGCCCAAUGCGUCAUCAGGUAUUGAAAACACUGUGAACCCUUUACACAAUCAAUGACUCUUCAUUCUCCAAUCCGCUCCAGCAAUCUUUACACGUGAUCACUCUUACAGGCUUUGGGUAACUAGUUUGGGAGAUUCUAUCCACUUUUUAAAUUUCAAUUUGCAAAUCUCUGGGUGGAUGCACUAACCCUGUAAAUCUAUUUUCUUUGGUGGUCAGUGAAUUGUUUAAUGAAUUCAAUAAUUCAUGUUAUAUUGUUUAAAUCGUGUAAGCAUUUCGAGUACAUCAUUUUACUCCAUUACUAAAAAUUGUGGCAUACAUGUCAUGAAUAUGUGCGAUUUCUAUUAUGUUCCCAGAAAAAGUAAUCUUUUUAUCAGUGUAUCUCAAGCUAAUUAAAAGCUAAGUUUUAUUAUGACAAAGACCUUAGAGUGCUAUGUGCAUUAUUUUCUGUACAUUGUGCCUGACUAGCACUGGGCAAGUAUCUGAAUACAGCAUGGAGUGCAAGAUCAUUUUUCUAUUUAUAUAUAGUGUGUGUUUUUUUAUUUUUUUUUUCUCUACCUACUGUUGCGUCCCUACUCUAUACAUGUUUUGAUAACUUUUUUGUUUUUUUUUCUGACAGAACCACCAGAAGAGGUAACUGAGCAGAAGGAAGCCACCCUUGACCAUGCUUUAACUCGUACCCCUCCCAGCACACCAAUUAAACAAGAAGGUAUGUUGUUUGUUAAUCUAAUAUUUAAUUGGCAUAUUUUACAGGAUUGGGCAAACACACAAACAUACAAAGUUUGUGCCUUGCCUUACUACAUACACUUAAACAUCUUUUUUGUUUUGUGUGUCGUUGUGGCUUUUUCAACUCUGCCUAUAUUUUGGUAGAUAUUUAUCACAGUAGGUAUCUCAUUUGUGACAUUCGUCUUUUUUAUAUUACUUAAAGUGGCACUGUUACUGUCUAGGGACUUUGUGUAAUUCUCAAAGACCCACAACUGUAACGUCGCCACAUGGCAGGUAGAGGUGAGAUUUAUUUACCUGAGCCUGUCCCUCACAGGUGCGGCAAGCUUCCUCUCCCAUUCCUUUUCUACUCGGGUUAAUGCAGAAGCAUUAGUAUGGGCAGUAAUUGACACACUCAGAUAAUAACUGGCCACUCAUCAUGCAUAAAGGUUAUAAAUAUACCUAUGUUUAAACACACAGGAGUGGCAAGUGAUAGGACGAAAGUGUCAGCUGACACUGCUGCUUCCUAGUGCUUGCUCUUAUGCAUUAGUCAGAGCAAAAGAGGAAAGUGAGAGACUGGCUCCUGUGGACAGAUCUUUAGUGUUAAGUCAUUCUCAAAAGGUUGAAAACCUAAGGUUAAGUCUCUGCUGGGGGACUCGAGGCACCAUAACAACUUCAAUGAGAUUAAAUUGUUACUGACCCCAGACCAUUCAUUUAAGUAAUAUAAAAAGGUGAGUAAUGUUACAGAUAAGAUUGAGACAAUCUACCAGAAUAUAGGCAGAGAGAGAGAAAACCCACACAACACAAGGGAAAAAAUAUGAAAAGGGCAAUAUGUAUAUGUAGUAGGGCAAAAGGUACAGUUUCAGAACAGUUUAAUACUUACAGGUAAAACUGCUGGGUGACUCGAGGCACCAUAAUAAUUUAAUUGAGCAUCAUUCUAAUUGGCACAUAAACUGGGCAAAAGUUUAAAUAUUUGUGAAAUUGUUGGUAAUAUGAAAUGGAAUUUUAAAUCAAAACUUCAGGGCCAAACAAAUCAAAGGACUAAUGGUUAUUUUCAUGGACUUAGCCUGUCACACCUUUUGUCCAUUCUUAAUAACGCUAGUAAAUAUUGGUUUUAUAAUAUGAGCAAUAGUCAGUGCACACCUAAAUGCUUUUUAGGUAAUACUAUAAUAUGAAUAUUUUUUUUUUGUCCUACUAUAUAAUUAGAGAGAGGUUCUGGUGUGUAAAUUCUUAAUCAUUAAGACAUGUAUGUAGUAUUUAGCAGCCAUGAUGUCCAACAUGGAGACUAGUACAAAAUUGCUUUAACUUAGGCUAUACAAGGAUUUGUUUACCUCCAGUGCUAAAGUAUUGAUCAGUAAUUUAAAAAAAAAUUUUAAUAAAAAUAUUUUUAGGAGGAAAAUGUAUUUUUGUGUUGAAACACUAUUGCCUAUUGGUAUUCCAGUUUGGAGGUAUGACAAUGUGGUUUAUCUGACAAUAAUCCUAUUGUAUUUCUGUGCCAUAAAUUGAAGUCUAGCUUCAGCAGGAACACUUUAAAUACUUGGUUUCAAAUGGGAAUUCAAUUUACAUCCAUUGGAAAAUGAGGAAUUUCACUAGACUAUAUAUUUGACCAAAUUUCUCUCUUGCAAAGCUUUCAUGCUUUUAGCACUGUCUUGUGUUUUCUCCUCCUCCUUGAUAUCAUGUGUCUGCAAGAGAUUUUUCAUCCCCCUUACAUUCCUUGUCUUUAUCAUCUUGAGUGGUGCCAGCCAUUCAUUUGACUUUUAACACUACGGCUUCAAUGAAUGCAUUAGAUUUUUUUUUCUACUUUUGCUUUUUUCUUGUGGCUGCCUUACAAACAGGAGAUGGAUAUGCUAAAGAGUACCUCUUACCAUAGUAAGUAUCAUCUCAUUCUCUGAACUCUGUUCUGUUUUCUAUUUUCCCAAAAUCCUUGUGUGCUUUGCUUCAUUCUAUCGCAUCUUUGUUUUCAAUUAAAUUAACUACUACCAAAUACUCUGAUUUAGUGGUAGACACCCAAGCUGAUGAAGGUUAACGGUUAUGCAGAAAUGUGGGUUGGGUUAUAGACCUACCUCUAUAUUUCAUAACUCUUUUUAAUGCUAUUCAUUGUAAGAUUUGGCCCUUACAAUGGGUCUGUUGAAUUAUUCUAUUGUGUUCCAAUUAUAAUGUAUAAUAAAGUAAUAGAAAUGUGUCAAUGAGCAACCAUGAAGUUUAACGUGAUUUUUAUUCAGAAAAAAAAUUGGUAAUAUAAGUUGAAACCCGUUUGCUACUACAGUUUUUAUAAACUGCAAUAAUUACCUUGCAAUGUUAAGUCCUCCUCUAAUGGCUGUCUACCAGAUGGCCACUAGAGGGACUUCAGGCUUCUUAGAUGACUUUUGGUCGUCUAAUUGACGCUGGACGUCCUCACACUAUGCAUGAGGACUUCCAGCGUUGCCGGAAUCCCCAUAGGAAAGCAUUGAAUAAUGCUUUCCUAUGGGGAGGUGUAACGUGCGAAACGUGGGCGGAGCCUGACCAGCGCUGAGGGACAUCGGUGCUGGAUUCAAGUAAGUGUCUGAAGGGGUUUUAACUUAAAAUAGCAGUGGUUUUUAUGCACUAUCCCAAAGCAUUAAACCUUCACAUCUGCCCGCAAACGAACGUGUUGAUCUGGCAACCCUACUGGUUAUGAUACAAGUUAUGCACAUUAAAGAAACCAAGUACAGCAAAAGCAGCCAGUGAAGGUGAAAUAAAUAUACAUGUACUGGGCAGAAGUCUAAAAAAAACACCCCACAAAUUUGCUGUUUUGUACUUUUGUUGUGGCUCCGCCUCCUCAGUCACCCCUCGACAGGUGGGAGCUCAUGCGUAUGCGUGGCAAAUGCCGCACACGCUUUAGACCUCCCCAUAGGAAAGUAUUAAAUCAUGGAAACAUUUGAAGCUGGAUGUCCUCAUGCAGAGAGUGAGGAUGUCCAGACUCAGUUAUGCUGGAAAGUCUGUUAACCAAGGUCCGUUUGGAUCCAGGAAGCGCCUCCAGUGACCGUUUCGUAGACAGCCACUAGAGGCAGACUUAGUGCUGCCAUGUAAACAUUGCAGUUUCUCUGAAAAUGCAAUGUUUUACAUUGCAGCACUAAGUACAAUAGGGACACUGCACCCAGACUACUUCAAUAAGCUGAAGUAGUCUGGGUGCAUAUAGUGUCCCUUUACAAUCUCUGGCUUGGCUACAUUUAUAACCCAGCCGUGCUAUAAGCACAAGAGUUUGAUGGUAAUGCACCAAAGCUACAGUUCACUCAAAAUUGUUGGGUGUUCCCUGAUCCUUUUUAAUUCUGUGCUGUUCGUUUGCUUUCCGUUACAAAACAGGGCAGGGAGUGUAAUACCAAAUAUUUAAGUACAUUAGUCUGCUGUGUAACUGAAUAGGUAACCAGAAAGUACACAUUUACUACAAUUUAAACAUAUAGUACUUUGCGUUUUGUUUUGCUCUGUGAUACUUGUGCUUAUUGCAUUACUGUUGGGUUUAUUGCCAUGUAGUUUUCUGUCCACGAGUGAAUCACAGAACACAACUGUGAGUUUUUCUUUUGUGGAUUUUUGUAGACUUCAUAUUACUGUUUUAUUGCUGUGUAGCACCAUAAUGCUUUCUUAUACAUUACAUGUUUUGGGCAUAAAGAAAAGGGUGAUCGUGUUCUUUGGGUCACAUGUAAGAUUUGUGUUCAUUGAGCUAUGGAAGUGAACUACUCUCUCUAAUUGGUUUGCCAGGAAGACUACAUUCAGUCUUUAUAUACAUAUUCAAACAGCGGAUCGAGUGCAAUACAAUUCUGUUGCAAUGUUACACCAUUGAAACAAAUUGUUUAAAAAUUACCACUUAAUGCUUUUUUGGCAUUACACACAUGGAUCCUUUUAAUAUAGAUAAAAAUCAGUGUGGUUUCUUCUGCUAUGUAAUGUGAUCAAAGGCUUGUGUGCCUAUGGAUCUAAAAUAUCACCAAACCUAGCUUUUAAAUGCUUUCAUUAUUAGUCAUAACCAUUCUAUUUUUAUACUGGGCUAAUGUCUUAUCAUUAUCCAUUUUCUAAUUGGGAUAUUUUAUUUAUUCCAUGUACUUUUUCAUAUUUUUCUAUUUUGCUUUUUACUAGUCUCUAGUUUUAACAGCUUUUUAAACGAUAAACUUGGUCUUUUGCCAUCUGUCCUUUCUUUUCUUUGUUGAUUAAGCUGCUUAAUACUGAAUUUAUUACACAUUUACGCAACUUUUAUUGCUAUUAAGUUAAAAUAUAUGUAUACUUUUUAAAGUAGCACCAGAAGCAUCUAGCUAUGUGCUACAAAGAUUACAAUGAAUUUUUUUUUCUAUCAUUAUAUAUAAUUUAAAUACCUGAAACGGCUUUAAUAUGCUAAAAUAAGUAUACACUAUUUGAAGCAUUUUAAGUGUGUAAUAAUAUUCAGUAAAUAUUGCAUCUCGUAGGACAUUGUUUACCAAUUGUUGCUUACUAUCCUUCAGAAUCCCAACAAGAGCAGACUUACAAAGAUGACAGUGAUGCUGCAACAUUCAAGCAAACCCUUCCAGACCUCACCCCUGAUGAACCUUCAGAAUCUCUCUGCUUUCCAGCUUUGACAAAAGAAGUUGAAGAUGAAGAUGAAGAAAGCAAGUCUUGUGAAGGAGACCUAGUUAAAGCCCAUGCAGAGUCCACCCAUGAACAAAAUCAAGAGACACAACCCCAGAAUGCUGAUCCUCCCACAACGCCAGGAGCUGAAGAAGCGGCACAAGCAGAAGCCGCUCAUGCAGAUGGUGGCAGUGAUGAGUCUCCGGGCAAAUCUCCUUCUAAAAAGAAAAAGAAAUUCCGCACUCCCUCCUUCCUGAAGAAGAAUAAAAAGAAGAGUGAAUCGUAAAGACCUGCAGGAACACUGUCAUGUUUCUAAGAGUCAGUCAGUUAAUUAAAUUAACCACUAGAAUGUACCCAAUUUGUAUUGUUUUGUCUUUUCAUUAUAUAAAGGAAUGCAAAAAAACAAAAUAGCUGAACCUGCUAGUUGUAGCCUACUUGUUAAAGGUUAAGCCAGGAAAUUAACUUCCAUAAGAGGUGCUAACCUGUGUGUGUUCAGCCGCUUACAGAGCAUUAAAUUUGUAUAUGUUCCUAAAAUAUAAUACUGCCUUUUUUUUUUUUUUUUCUCUUUUCUAUAUCACGCAAUCCAUACCCUUAAUGCUCUUCUAAGUAUUUCAUGAGCAUGUUAUAUUCAGUGCCCACCUACACUCUUCACAAAAUUGGAUUUCAUUAAAAUUCAUAUAUGCCUUGUUGCGGGGAAAAAGUGAUUAAUCACAGUACCUACUACUCAAGUAACUUGUAAAAUGCUGCUGUAUGAAGCUUUUAGUAACUAGUAAUCUAACCUUACAUGUUUGUACAUUGCCUCUUUUUGGACUUUUUUUUUUUCCCAUGCCCCAAAACUGGAUCUAAAACCAACAAAAUAAACAAAAAAAAUUAAAAACAAAAACGGUCUAUAUAUUACCUUUUUUUUUUUUUUUUCCUCUCUCUGAAACGUUCUGCAGUUUAAACAUUCAACAUUCCUUCUUUCUCAUUAUCUGCACAAUUUAUGACAGUUGUUGGGGAGGAAACAAAUAUUAUAUAUUACACUUCCUCCCCCUCACCUCCCCUCAACAAGUGUCUUAAUACAUUAUAUAUAUAUAUAUAUAUACAUACACACACAUCCAUCCAUAGAUCAGGGCUGACAAAUAGAUGUUCACCCAUGGUGAGUAUACUAUGGACUCUCCAGGAUUGCAGUGGUCAAUAUUUCUUAACGCCUGCUUUUCUGUGUAGGACUUGGCAUGUUAAGCCCUGCCAUAGACAGAGCUGCUAAAUGAGACGAGGUCACAUGAAUGCUUGGAAAUACAUUCAAAGCACAAAAAGCAGGUAUAUUUAAGAUAUAAAUAUUCUACUCAAAAGUUUCUAUACUGUUCAACAGUAUAUAUAAAGUGCAAUGUGUGGACCGUUUGUUUUUUGCAGUAUUUGGUAUUCAUGUGAUGAAUCUGCUUUAAUGUGAAAUUGAAAAGUACAUGUCAUUCUCUACCGUAUAUUAAAGCUUCAUAGUGGAUGUUGGCGUAAUCGUGCUGGCAUAACUAUUGUUAUACUUGGGAAUGGCUGCUUCUGCCUUAAUGACAUAGAAUGAAAGCUCCUGGGGAAAAUCCUUUCUUUUCAUCUGUAUAAUAUUAUCCUUCCUGUAUCAUCUCAUUACAAAACAAAGGUGCAUUUACAAUAAACACGUGAUUUUGUAUUAUUCAGCUUUUCUCAAAUGUUAGACUUCUUGCUUUUUACAUAAAUGCAUAAAUGCACAGAUAUUUUAAACCUGUCACUUUGUUGUAUCUUUGUUUAUUUAAUAGGUAAUAUUUUGUAUACAUAUUUGGCACUGGUUUUGAGAAAUGUCCCCAAGUAACCCACAAACCUUGCCGUGAGUAGAGUAGUGCACUUUAUGGUGUCGUAUAAAAUGUGAGAUGAGCAUUGAAAUGAAUCUGUAGCUUCCAAAAAUUAAUUUUUAUACACUGUUGAAUUAUAUAUGCACAUAUUCACUAGACUUGUGCAAAAAUUAGCAAUACUCCACAGGUAAAUCCCAGAUGAAUCAGUUUUUCCAGCAGUGCAUUUAAAGAACUUUGAUUUGGACGAAGAGGCUGGAAAAUAUUUUUGCACAAGUCCAAUAUUCAUUUUUUUUUUUUACUAAAGCUGCAGCUAUGACUCCUUUUAUAGACCAAGAAAAAAAGCUUCUUUUUUUUUUUCAACAUAAUUUAGAAUAUUACAUUAUUUUUUGAUUAUAGAGUUCUAACACAAAUUAUCACAAAAUAAGAUGCAGCUUUGGUUUGAGAAUUUAAAUUGAAUUUCUCCAUGCACUGCACUGCCCUGCAUGUUGUCCAGCAAAAAAACAAAAAAAGCAUGAUCAUCUAUCUGUUUUACAUUUUAGGAAGACUUUUUGCCCAAGUCACAUCAUAAGGGACAAUCCUCUGCAAAUUAACUAGUACAAUUGGGGAUCAUGUGCAAUGCACACAAAAAUAACCAUAAUAUAAUAUUGUCAGCCCAUAUUUCGGGUGUUUAUUUUAUAUGCUUUGCAUUACUGUUUAAACUGGAGAUCCUCAGUUAUUUUAAUCUCUCACCCAUUACAUAACAUUCCCAAAUAACCUUAAAAAAACAAAACCUAAUUUUAAAAACACAUUCUGCAUUACAAAAUGCAUUUAAAAAAAAAUUAUAUAUAUUAAUUGUUCUAAGACAAUAUAAAGACAGAGAAAUCCCAAAUAACUUACCCCAUUUGGAUUUGCAAAGUUUCUUGUUCUGUUCAACAAUUUAUACAUUUUAAAUAGUUCUGUAGGAACAAUGUACAAACCUUUGACAGCUGUGUUUCAGGAUAUCUCAAGUAGUUGUUUUUUUUAAUUUUUUUUAUUUGGGGGGGAGGUGUUUCUACUUCGUUCAGAAAUGUUGUAUGGCCAGUUUUGUACUAAUUUGUGAAAACUAAAUGCCAGCUUUACCACUUCAAAAAUAGAACUUUCCUUUAGAUAUGUGUAAAUUAAAUCAAUAUGGUAGCUUGGGCAUUUCAGUGGCACUGUCCAAUGUCAUAUUUUAAGAGUUUUUCACAAAAACUGACCAAAUGAAAAAAAACGUGAAAUACUGUCAGCCAGUUCUUGUAUCUGUUACAAUCCAUAACCACGGAGGCAUUCUUUUAGAUUUGUUUUAAAUCCCUGACUUUUUAAUGAAAAAGUACUCCUUGAUUUAGCAUGGUUUUCAGAGUGUAUGAUACUGUUUAGAUACUGUUAUUCGGGUCAACUUGCAAUGAGUUUUUGCUUGCUGUGAUACCUGUUUUUAUGAAGAAACCAGGAGUGAUCCCUUUAGCAUGCACAAUUGCUAAUUAUCCCUGCUGAACAUCACCAACUUGGGUAGUCUUCAUACAGCUGGGUGUACUUAAUGCCAAAACCUGUUAUCACAUAAUGAGAACGCACUUCAUUUUCAGCUUAGACAUAAAAAUCUAACAUCUUGUACUAUGUUUAGAAUGGUCACGUAUUCAAGUGCUGCUUUUCCAUAGAUUAAUCUCCUUCUCCCCAUAACCGUUCCAUGUUCAGCACAAUUUAGUGGCAAGCUCACAUAUUCAGAUAAAGUAUAAGGACAUUCCUCAAAUCCCUUUGCAAUGCCUGCUUUUAUCUGUAUCUAAUCAUAUACUUCAAUUCCCAUGUUAUGGUCAGUUCAGUUGAGAAAACACACACUGCAUCCCUUCCUCCCCCUUAACACGCAUUGCAGCACAUCUUUUUUUUUUAUUUUUUUUCUUUGCCACUGUCUAGUUGAUAGCAUCAUGUAGUUAUAGUACAAUACAUUGCUUGACAAAUACUUGCAUUUUAUCCUUCUCUACUUAUGCAAUGAUUUAUUUUUUUUUCUAGUGCCAGGGCUUUGUACCAGAGUAUAGUGUAGUGAUGUGCUGAUACACAUUUCAGAGUUACUAAAUUCAUGCAUUUUUUCCCCCUUUAUUGUACUGUUAUUUUACUCAAAAAUAAAAUCCAUUAAACUCUGA